CGUCUUUGGUGCAAUUCCUCAACACAAAUACAAAAAGACAACUCGUUUUGGCAGUCGCUGAGUCUGGACACCAGAGGCCCUCAGGCAGAGACACACACGUUGCGCAAAGGAUUUAUUACCUAGCACAACUUGGAGCAGGCACUCAAAUAUCAGAGUAGCCACAGUGUUGCUUGAAAGGAGCACAGCUGAGAGCGCUGAGGACUGUGAGCAGGUAGGUCGUUCUUCCCUCUCUCUGGCAGAAUGCGGGGGUCGGACGAGAUGGACCAGCAUGGAGGGAAAAAACAAACCGGGCUUGUACCUUUUUAAAAUUGUGCCAGUAAUGUUAUUCUAUUAUGUGACUUGAGGAAAGCUCAACAUUCCAUAAUGUACAGAAAGUAGUAUUAAUAGUGUUUAGGUGUUCUGGGAAAUAUAGUGAUAAUGCUAUUCUGCAAAUUAGUAUGUAAGCAGGUGCUUGUAUGACCACAUGGAUUUUCAGUUGAUAUUGAAAGAUUAGGGUGUAAAAUAACUUCAGCAUGGCUGAAUACCUUUAAAAAGGUACAUAAAAGACAAAGGUGGAAGGGUACUAAAUGUCGCAACUGUUUACUUUGUGGUCUUUAAGUUUUUAAUGCCCUCUAAUUUCAGUUACUCAAGUUACUGAAUACCUCAUUAAGUUUGUUAUGGACUUGCAGUUACUUAUGUGUCUGACAUACUCUACUGUACAUUUGAAUGGGAUUCCAUAUGAAGAGGCACAUCUGACUUGGUGGUGGUGCAUAAUAUCUUUUUAGUUGGGCAUGUGUGUUCUGCAGUUUGAAUUUCACAGUUGUGGAAUUUGUGGAGCUGGAUCAUAGCCGUGAGGUCAUAGCCGUGAGGUCAUAGCCGUUAGGUCAUAGCCGUGAGGUUGCCGGGUGACGGCUAACUAUAGGCGGAGGUGUCAAAUAAAAAUGCAGUCCAAUAUAUAUAUAUAUAUAUAUGUAUAUAUAUGACGCCAUAGCUAGAGUGGGCUGGUUUUAAAGUCAAACGGCAAAAAGGUAUUCUGAAAUCAGUGCAAUUUAGACAAUACAUAUACUGUAUAUAUAUAUAUAUAUAUAUAUAUAUAUAUAUAUAUAUAUAUAUAUAUAUAUAGGCUAUAUAGGCUAUAUAGGCUAUAGCCUAUUUAUUGCCUUAUUGCCUUACCUCCAUAACUUGCUACAUUUGCACACACUGUAUAUACAUUUUCUGUUGUAUUUUUUGACUUUAUGUUUUGUUUUACCCCAUAUGUAACUCUGUGUUGUUGUUUUUAUCGCACUGCUUUGCUUUAUCUUGGCCAGGUCGCAGUUGUAAAUGAGAACUUGUUCUCAACUGGCUUACCUGGUUAAAUAAAGGUGAAAUAAAAAAAAUAAAAAACUAUUAAAAAAACUAUAAUGUAUAUAUAUAUAUAUAUAUAUAUAUAUAUAUAUAUAUAUAUAUAUAUAUAUAUAUAUACACACACACACACACACUGAGUAUACGAAACAUUAGGAACACCUUCCUAAUAUUGAUUUGCACCCCCUUUUGCCCUCAGAACAGCCUCAAUUCGCCGGGGCAUGGACUCUACAAGGUGUCGAAAGUGUUCCACAGGGAUGCUGGCCCAUGUUGACUCCAGUGCUUCCCACAGUUGUGUCAAGUUGGCUGGAUGUCCUUUGGGUGGUGGACCACUCUUGUUAUAAACGGGAAACUGUUGAGCGUGAAAAACCCAGCAGCGUUGCAGUUCUUAACACACUCAAACCGGUAUGCCUGGCACCUACUACCAUACCCUGUUCAAAGGCACUUAAAUAUUUUGGCUUGCCCGUUCACCCUCUGAAUGGCACACAUACACAAUCCAUAUCUCAAUUGUCUCAGGGCUUAAAAAAUCCUUCUUUAACCUGUCUCUUCCCCUUCAUCUACACUGAUUGAAGUGGAUUUAACAAGUGACAUCAAUAAGGCAUCACAGCUUUCACCUGGAUUCACCUGGUCAGUCUAUGUCAUGGAAAGAGCAGGUGUUCCUAAUGUUUCAUACACUCAGUGUGUACCUUGUGUGUGUGUGCAGACAUUUAGACUAACGGUUAAGAAAAUACGAAUGACUUGUAUCUACAUUAACUUUUGUUGUGUCAUUUAACAGAAACAGAAAGAAAUUAGAAGAUACAUGAUUGUAUUUGGAAACAAUGCAGUUGAACAAAAGGAACAUAACAUUAGCAAAAUGCCCUGUGCGUUACAAUGGUGAAGCAUGUGCCAAACAUACCUUGCAGUCUCUAUUGUGUCAUUUAUGCAUGAACUUGGCAGCUCCCUUAAUUGAAAAUAAUUGAGAAAACCAUUUGCCAAUUCAAAUGCUACUCUUCAGAUACAGCACUCGUUUGUUGCCAAAACCCCCUUGUCAUCAAGGAACAGUUUUGUGUGAGUUAUACAGCUGAAGUCAGAAUCUGGGUUAGACACUCUCAGCUGUGGUCAGGGUAUGUGUGAAAAAUCGCCGGGAGAGACACUUGAGAACCUCUCAGAUGCCAGUUCAAGUGCGCGGUCAACAGUGCAGUCAAUGGUGGAAGACAGAGUUACUCAGACUUGUCUCGCACCAUUUUAGUAAUAGGUACGCGGGUCAUUCCACGAAAUGGGUGCCUUUUGCGUCCCAUUGUUUUUUAAAGUACAAAUGUUCCACCAAUAUUGAAUUUUAAAAGUCCAUACUUAAUAUAGACCACAUGGAUAAUUCAAUAAAUCAGUUUUUUUAAAAAUCUGAAUAAAGGCUUGUUACUGUGUCAAAAUUCAGCAUUCCCUCCAUCAACACUCUGUCACUUCUAGGAAGAUUUCAACCCACUUAAUCCAAACAUUUCUCCAAUUUUCACCAUCAUUGUAAAGGCCUAGUUAUUUAGCUGCUUUAACAAAGUAAGUUCUGAAGAUUAUUAUUUAUAUGCAUGUGAUUAGUGAUGCAUUUACAUCUGUCUCUAAUUUUAAAGUGAAACCCUGUUAUGCAAACAAUUUGCCCCUUUAAAAUAAUGUACCAUUCCACCAAGUUAAAUGAUUCACAGCCGUUGACAUCCUUUGGGUCUUCUGAACAGCAUGGUAGAAAGGGAAAUAAGUCUUCUAUCUCUUUUCGUGGUUCGUAGAUUUACAUAUUGACCGUUCAUUGGUCCUUUUAUUUCGUUAGUUGUAAGAAUAGGCGGGGAUUAAAAGCUGAAGUUGCCCCUGGGUGUUGAUCUAAGGUCAGUUUGGAAUUUUCGUGAAGAUUUGGGGAUGGUAACCUCAACAAGAUUCUUAAUUCUAGAUCAGUUUCUACUUACAUAUUCGCAGAGCCAGAGAGUAUACAUUUACAUUUUAGUCAUUUAGCAGAUGCUCUUAUCCAGAGUGACUUACAGUUAGUGAGUGCAUACAUUUUUUCAUACUGGCCCCCCGUGGGAAACGAACCCACGCAUUGCAAGCGCCAUGCUCUACCAACUGAGCUACACGGGGCUGUGUGUAUAGGCACAGAGGGUUACUUAAAAGUAUCUUUGGUAUAGGCAGUGGGGAAAAAAGUACCCAAUUGUCAUACUUGAGUAAAAGUAAAGAUACCUAUAUAGAACAUGACUCAAGUAAAAGUGAAAGUCAACCAGUAAAAUACUACUUGAGUAAAAGUCUAAAAGUAUUUGUUUUUAAAUAUACUUAAGUACCAAAAGUAAAUGUAAUUGCUAAAAUAUACUUAAGUAUCAAAAGUGUUCUUUAUAUUAAGCAAGCACAAUUUCAUUGUUUUUAAUUUAUUUACGGAUAGCCAGGGGCACACUCCAACACUCACACAUAAUUUACAAACUAAGCAUUUGUGUUUAGUGAGUCAACCAGAUCACAGGCAGUAGGGAUGGCCAGGGAUGUUCUCUUUAUAAGUGCUUGAAUUUGACAAUUUUCCUGUCCUGCUAAGCAUUAAAAAUGUAACGAGUACUUUUGGGUGUCAGGGAAAAUGUAUGGAGUAAAAACUACAUAUUUUCUUUAGGAAUGCAGUGAAGUAAAAGUAAAAGUUGUCAAAAAUAACAAAGUACUGAACCCCCCCCCCCCCCUCAAAAAAUAAAUAAAUAACGAUUUAAGUAGUACUUUAAAGUAUUUUUACUUCAGUACUUUACACCACUGUUGUUGAUCUAUUUAUAAUUGUUUAAUCAUGAGAUGGUCUAGCUCAACACAUCAACCCUGUUAGCUCAGUUAAUCUUAAGAAAACUUGAAUUUUAUUAAACUUUCAUAAUCUGUGGAACAUACUGUAUGUAUAAUGAACACCAUGUGGUACCAUGCUCUUCACCACAUGAGGAGUAUGGCUGAUCGUCACCUAAAACCUCAACCCUGUUAGAGGCCCAACGGUAACUUUAUCAGUUUGAUAUUAUAUGAGAACAUGUUGGAUUUAUCUCCAACAUGCUUUUAAAUAAUAGUUAGGAAGUUACAUAAGUGUCUUUAACAGGGUUGACACAUAGUGUGUUAAAAGCGCUGAUAAAAUGCUCUUAGUUCAUAGGAUGUUUAUGCUUGAGAUGGGAAAAGUGUUUUUCCAUAGGCUAAACAUAUCCUCUAUGCAAUUGAACAUUGAAAGAAGAGAUAUUUUAAAGUUCAUUUCUUAAAAGUUUGCAUGUCCAAAAGGCACCCAUUUCGUGGAAUGACCAACAUGUGUUUGUUUGCUGUUCAGCCCCUGAUGAGAUCAUUCUCACGGCUCACUGUAGGUUCAGCACACUGUCAAGCUGGUUGAUUCAUAAUGUAGCUAUAUCCUGCCCCUAAAUUAAUGGCCUUGGUGCUGUAGUGUUACAUAGCAAGAACCCACAGGUCUUUGUCAAUCUUCCCUCAGAGGUGAAAUUGACACAGGUUUACAUGCACACUAUUACAAUACUUUCUUGUGUUAGGACAGUGUGUGAAUGUUUGCUACCAAGUGGAUAAAGUUAAACAUUAAAUCACAAAAAAACAAGGUGUAGUUUAUAUUAACACAUUUACCAGUGAACAGGACAUGUUAAAUGGAGUCACGAAGGUCAUGAGGUUGAAGGUGCUCCAUCAAACCUGGACACUUUAUUUAGAGUGUUGCGAGUGGCGCAGUGGUCUAAGGCACUGCAUCGCAGUGCUAGCUGUGCCACUAGAGAUCCUGGUUCGAAUCCAGGCUCUGCUGUAGCCGGCCGCAACCGGGAGACCAAUGGGGCGGCGCACAAUUGGCCCAGCGUCGUCCAGGGUAGGGGAGGGAAUGGCCGGCAGGGAGGUAGCUCAGUUGGUAGAGCAUGGCGUUUGCAACGCCAGGGUUGUGGGUUCGUUUCCCACGGGGGGCCAGUAUGAAAAAAAAAAAAAAAAUGAAUAAUGUAAGUCGCUCUGGAUAAGAGCGUCUGCUAAAUGACGUAAAUGUAAUGGUAAUGUAAAUGUUUAUUAAUUCAGUUUCAUGACUGCACGUUGGAAGUCACGGCAGGGCUACAUCUGUGUUGUCUAUCACUCUGUAAUACAACACCUUUAUGAGUUCAUGUGGAACACCAUGUGGAAUAUUUGCAAGAUGAAGGAGCUACAAGACAAAACUGCAUCACUGAUCCAAUAUCAACACUUUUUCAUAUAAUUUAGUUAUGAAGUAGUCCAAGUAAGCACUUGUGAGAUAAUUACAUAACAAAGUACAAAACUAGUAACAAACAUAUGCCACAACAUGAAUAAUACGUCAUGUAAACAUAUACAUACAAACAGACAUACAUUAUCAAUAAAGAGGACUCUUCUUUCCAUCAACAGUAGCAGCACAUUUCAAGACAGCCUGCCUCCAGUGUGGUGAAUUACUUAUGCUGCCAGUCGUGGCAUAUGGCCCACAUACUCAUGGCAUGUAAUUAUGUUAUAAAGCAUGGCUCCUAUUUCUCACUGCACAGCCACUUAUCAGAGAAACAGGUGAAGAUCAGCGUGAUAGCACACGGGCACGGCAUAGCCUGGAUCUAUUGACAGUUAAUUUACUCUGCAGGAGGUUGCAUAUACUGUCUAAUACAGAUAGAAAUUGUAGAAAACAUCAAACUGAAUGUGAUGUAACACUUGAUGAAGCGGCCUAAUAACUUAGCCAUCUAAAGUGUAUUAGGAGGAUGAGAAGGGUAGCAGGUUUCCUGUAACCUGAAGGACCUUUUGCUCCUGCCCAGAUAUCUCCUAGGGCAGGUUGCUUUGCUCUUUGGUGUUCAUUUUCAAGCCCCCGGCAAGAGUCAAGACCACUGCUGGAGUCCAGCUCUGCUUUGGACAGACACUUGGGAGUGUGUAAUGAACUAAAAAUAAAGCUCUCAAUUUGAGUAAUGGCACAGCUCGUGUGUUUAUUAAGAUAGCCUGAGGUUCAGGGAUGGAAAUUAAUCUAGCCCGCUAGCCUGAAGUGAUACUUUUCAGACCGGCCUAAUAGAAAAUGUGCCCAAGUAGCCCGCCGUCUAGAGAAACUUUGUAUUUACAAAUAUCACAUGACACAGAUUUUGGACUACUAGCCUGGCUGUCCAGUGCCGAAAAUCCUUAAAUUCCAUCCCUGUGGAGGCUGCUCGAAGAGUUAAGGACAGAUUCUAUCAAACCUGUUCAGCGCUUUUAUUAUUCAGAUAGAAUGCUUGAGACAACAAAAUCUGCUCUAGCUUAUUUUUUACAACUAGAAUCAACCUGGUUAUUUACUAUUAGGUGGUAACUAACUAGUAGCUUGUAACAAUGGAUACCAACUGGAACUUAAUUAGUUAAUAAUUUGUACCAAAUGGUACACAUCGUUGCAUGCUUCAAUGGAAUUCCAAAACAAUCAAAUGUAUAUAUUAAGUAAUUAUUAGGUAACCAGAACGCUAAGACCAGUUAAAGAUAACACGAGUUAAAUACAAACAGUAAAAUAAGUAGUUAAUACCAGGUAAAUACAAACAGUAAAAUAAGGUAUAAACUCUCAUGUGAUAUUCACUCGUUAUCAGUGGAUGUCGAGUCAGGCAGGUUUGGUGGCAUUGAGUUCUCAAGCAUCCCCAAUGUUAGUAAAUACCACUUUAGCCUACUUGUAUAUCACAUAAUGAGGGAGAUUUCUCAUGAUGCAUGUUUGUAGCUUAUUGUACACUACAAUAUCUGUUUUCACAAUGAAUUAAUUAUACCCAUCUGGUCCUCAUAGGGUACUAUAUAUGUGAAGACACAUACUGUGUGUUGCUAUGUCGCUAAUAUGUUGCUGUGACGCUAAUAAGUUGCUACGUCGCUAAUAUGUUGUUGAUGCAUUUAAAACAUCCAACAGAUGGGUGGGGUUAUGGCACCAUGCAAAUCAUGUGAACACAUAAUGUUCACGGUUUCAAAUGCAAAGCUGAGUCAUCUGCACCACCUGCUAAAUCAAAGUACAGGCAAGUGCUGGUAAGAUGCUAAUCCAAAGUACAGGCAAGUGCUGGUAAAAUGCUAAUCCAAAGUACAGGCAAGUGCUGGUAAAAUGCUAAUCCAAAGUACAGGCAAGUGCUGGUAAAAUGCUAAUCCAAAGUACAGGCAAGUGCUGGUAAAAUGCUAAUCCAAAGUACAGGCAAGUGCUGGUAAGAUGCUAAUCCAAAGUACAGGCAAGUGCUGGUAAAAUGCUAAUCCAAAGUACAGAUAUAAUAGUAGAAUAUAAGGUAAAACAAUGCAUGCAACCAUACAGUCCUAGUUUAGAAACAAAAUGUAGUUAUUACAUGAUUUCAAGGUAAUUCAGCUUUAAUGCUGUAUACCUAAGUUCUUAUCGUAAAUAACUUAUCUUCUCAUACGUUAACUCAAGUUAUCCUUAAGUAUCACUUCAAUGAUACGGAAAUACGAAACCUAAAUAUUAAUAAUUAGAUAAGACCUGAAGCGGUAGAACUCACCUUACUGUUUUCUUCCUUAACUGUAUUUUCUAAGAAUCUAUGGCGAGAUGUAAAAAUAUGAGUUAACUUACCCUUCAUAACUCCCCCCUCUUCAACCCCUAACCAAUUAGCAUUUUAAGGCUUGAUGAGCAGAACAGCCAUUAGGUCAAAUUUUACUACUACAACAAAAAAAGGAAGGAUAGAGAGUUAUGUUACCUAUCACGUGUAGACCAAUGAUACUGAUACGUCUCCAAAAGUGCUGUCAGUCUGUGUCUGAGGACACCUGAUGUACAUUAUAAAUCAAAAUCCUAAUUUAUCUUGGACAUGUGACAAGCCAAACAACAUAUGCUGGUUGCUUAGUGGUUAAGAGCGUUGUGCCAGUAACCGAAAGGUCGCUGGUUCUAAUCCCUGAGCCAACUAGGUGAAAAAUCUGUCGGUGUGCCCUUGAGCAAGGCACUUAACCCUAAUUGCUCCUGUAAGUCGCUCUGGAUAAGAGCGUCUGCUAAAUGACAAAAAAGUAAAAUACAAAUAAGACCAGGCAGGCAAGGAUAGUAUUGCUUUAAGAAAAAUUGUGUGAUUCAGGUAUUGUGUGACCACAAUUCAAUAUUAAAUCGUCAACAUAAAACUGUUAGAAGGAAUUCUCUAAAUGUAGGAUCAACUCUUAAUCCUGUAGAAUCAUAUUGACAAGUCAUCUGUAAUCAGCAGAGAUCUUCGUUAGCUAUGUUCCCCAUUUUCCAUCUACAAAGACCUUGAUGUGUAUAGUGCCCUCAGUCCCUCUGUGGCUACCCCACCGCCUCUGAAUAUCCUCCCAUGGUUUGGUUUUAGUAGAGAUCUCAACAAGUGCAGGGCUCAAUCAAAACAUGUCAGCAUCACAUUCCUAGGAUAGAUAGACAUCCAUCCAGUGGUUGGACACAAGGCCAAUAGACAGACAUGUUGCAUGCUGCCUCUUACUGAUUGGGUAGAAUAACGACACCAUUUAAUCAAGAUUCAUCCUCCUGUUUCUAGCAGCUGCUUCUUUCUGUAUCAUUUGGGAGGAGUUGGAACGUACAACUACCCUGAUGAAGCAAUUUUAGGGUUUCUUAGAUACGCAACCCUUUAAUGAGAUUAGACAUGGUACAAACUAACACUAAACCCAAGUUCCAAGUGGCACCUGCUGGUAAUUAGCGCAAAGAGGAGAGAAUGUCACUCAUGUAAAUGAUCUCUUCUGAAACCCCUUUUUUUUCCUCCUUGUGUCUUUUUAUUUUGUCUCGUACCUAGUGGGCAUCUCAACGACUGUAAAUCAGUGGUAGUGACGUUCCAUUCAACUUAACAGUUUUAACUUACAUUCCUUUUCUCUGUGUGAGUGUCUGUUACAGAGCCUUCUGAGUUAAGAGAGCUCCAAAAGAUACCAAGAUGAAGUUAAUGAAGGCGAAAGUGACAGAUCAAUCUGCCGAAGGGCAGAAGGGUAAGUGCAAUAUGAUGGAUUUCUCCUCAGAUCAUUAGAAUCAAGACAGACAACCACCCAAUGCAGUCACACACAUGCAAGGGGGAAAUAACAAAAAUGGCAGGAAUCAUAGCCCAUUAUUGAUUGCCAAGAUACAGUUGCAGGCACUAAAAUGUUAGGUUGUGCUGUAUUGGCAGAACAAUUGUUGCAAUGUGUGUGCAACAUGGUCCUCCAGCGUCUUCUACAGAUAGUUUGCCAGUAAAUCGAUGUAUGUAAAGUGUUUCAAUUAGACCUUCCAAUAAACAACAGAGUGAAGAGAAGAUAUAAGAAGAUAUAUAUUUUCAGAUGACAUUUAGGUAAAUGCCAAGCUUCGUCAAGAACAUCACCUAACAAUGUCUUCUGCUCUUGUGCUAUCGAGAGGAUGUUGAAGAGAUCCUUCACUCCAAAUAUUUGUGCACAAUCAUCUGAGCUUCUAGAAUCAUGCAGGAGCACUCUGAUUAAAUAUGAACAACACCUACUACAGUGUCAAUUAUACUUGGAAUGAAGAUAUUGCAGAAAAGGAGCAUUCUCCAGACCAGCACACAAAGAAAUACAAGCUGCUUCAGUCAAUUUACAAGGUGAGGUAGCAGUCAAAUCACCAUGUCAACACUUCUAGUGAACCAAUCAUGUCAAACACUUCUCUGUCAACGCCAUCAUAAGGCAAUGUCACCAGCCAGUCAGUGGGUGAUAUUGGAAAGGGAAUGGGCAUGAAGAUAUUGCUAUGAUUCAGCAGAAGAAAGAAAACUAAGAAGUUUACCGCGAUUAUGAAGAGUGAAGAAUGAAAGGUGCUGUGAAUUGUUUUAUUUACGUGUAGUUUACAAAAAAAUCAUCACAAACCUGUAAGACAACACACUUAUGCUGGAAAAACUCAACUGAAGAACUGAUUUGACAUCAAGAGAAAUCGGUCAAACCUGUGCUGACUACUGGACAACAUAUCUACUCAGUCAUCAAAUCUAAACAGAAGAUUACGUUUGAGAUCAUAUUUGACCAGUAAACUGAAGCGUUUUAAGAGUUUUCACUGUGGGGAAGAUUGAAAUGGGAAGACUGGACUCAAAAGAUGGAUGUCUGACAAGAAACUGUUUGGUAGCAGAUAUAAUCUGAUAUCUCAUCUUCCUCAGCUGUUUUCCAAAUCAAUUUACAGCCAACUAUUAAUAUGCACUGUAACUGGCACAGAAAAGGAUUCCCAACAGCCCAACCCUAUGGACAACCACAACACAUUCAAUGGGACCUUAUUGGAUGCCAAUGAGGACUGGCAUAUCUGAAAUCUGAUACACCAAAGUUGGUCAGCAGAUUUAGUAUAAUUUAACACCAUUAGUUCUUAGUUAGUAUUAAUAGGCCGUCGUCAUAGAGAAAACAUAACCUUGUAUGCUAAAAACAGGAUAUUUUUAAAGAAUAAAAAAAUAUAUAACUAAGACUAAGACAAGCAGCAUGAGGACUUAGGAAACAAUAUAAUUGCUGUUAACGCCAUGAUUUGAUAUACUCAGAAAUGUGUAAUGGUUACUCAUUUAUAUAUACAAUUAAUCUUCCAUACUCUUUCUUUCAAACAUUUGUUCCAACAAAUAAUCUUCUGAAACCUUAGGAGGUUUGUUCUCUCCAAGUUGUGUUUGUUGGAUAUUUCCCCUGUCCUUGUGUUUAAUGUUAAUUGUAUGUAUCUAUGUACUGUAUGUGUGGAUUCAUAAUCCUGUCAAAGUUCCCAAGCCUCUCUCUGGUGCUUUUGUCAGGAUUAAUGUUUCCUGUCCUAUUUCCUUUCUCUUGCUGUCAUGUUGCUUGUAAAGUGGAAGGCGCUGAGGGUGCUGCGGAAAAGCCCCACCACAAAAAAGGUAUGCAAGAGAAAAAGGAAACUUCAACAACUUGAGUUACCAUUAAUGUGUCUUUCUCUUUGUACAAUCUUAGAAAAAGGUUUCCACUGUGGAAAGGGUUCUACAUUGAACCCAAAAGGGUUCUACAUUGAACCCAAAAGGGCCCUACAUGGAAACAAAAAGCUUCUUCUAAUGGUUCUCCUAUGGGGAAAGCUGAAGGACGCUUUAAGGUUUUAGAUAGCACCUUUUUUUCUAAGAGAGUAUACCUUAUAUCUUUUUUUCUGGGUGUUUUACUGUACCAAAGCAUGGUGGAUGAAAGUAAUGACUGUGUUGCAUGUAGGCUACUCUAUACAUCAUCAUAUGAAAGGUGUCAUUCGUAUACAUGUGUGACUCAAACGUUCAGCGUCACAACAGAUGCACUUAGUUUUCUAAACAAAUCCAUUAAUACUGACAAACUGUCCCUGAAGGGCAUUGUGGUUGAUUGCUAUGAGGUCCUUAUAUUGUCUUGCAACCUAACUGUAGCUUGAGCAAGAGAAUACAAGUCGAGUAUGUGGGAGAACAGAUUGGGCCCUUCAUGACCUAGGUUUUAUGUUAUGGGCAUCCAGAAAAUGUUCUUACAGACAAUUAACAUCUGCAUCAAACUAUUAUUUGCUCAUGAUUACUCAUCAGUGUUGUGGAAUUAUAUUUAUGUUCAGUUACAGUAGUCAAGUAAAACAUAGAAAUAUGGAUGGAAAUAGUAUGGAUGACCAAACGUAAUUUUAAAAAGUUGGGGUCAGAUUGAUUAAGAGUCUACAGCAGUGCUAAGUUUGCAGCUGUUAUAAUAAAGAAGAGAUAACACAUUAAAGCUGAAAUCCAUAAAAGGGGAAACAGCGCCAAUGUUCGCCCCAGCACCUUUGUUAUUGUUUUGUUGAUGAAACGGACGGGAGGAGCGUCCAGCAUUGUGCCAUUGUCUGAAGUAACUUAUUUGUUGUUGCAAUAUCUCAAACAGGACAUGGUAGUUUCACCAACUACAGAUUUAAGCUUUAAAGGAAGAACUUACAUUACCAUCAAUAUUUACAGAACAAUAAGGCAUUGAUCUAAAGUGAAAAUAAUGAUAAUAUCAUGUUUUUUGCUUAGUUGGCUUCCUUUUGGUAUGAAAAUAACACAUGCAAACUUUGCAUGUAGGUGCAUUCUCUUGGUAGAUGUGGCAUGUGAUUUAGGGCAGUAUUCCGACCUGAUACUACUACUUGGUUCCAUGUUUUGGUGUAUCAGCCAUUACUUUAAAAAGACUGUCUUGGGAUUAUUAGUUGUACUACAACUGCUUCUACAGUAAUAUUGAGUCCGAAUAUGGCCCUCAAUCACUUGCAUAGUAAAAAGUCAAAUAUUACAUGAUAUUGAUGCAUGUAAUAAUACAGUGAUUAUAAUUGCAUUAGAUAUAAUGUAUGUUACAUUUGGUCAUCCAUUAAAAUGUAAAUCUCAAGUGUUUUAAGCAGUAAGUGCUAACAAUGUUAUCAUAAUUUUGCCAUUUUCUAAUGAUGUAUUUUUUGUAUGUGAUCAGGCAAGAAAUUCAGAUCGAAAGUCCCUGGAGUUAUGAUCACGCAGUAUGUGGAUGAAAUACCAGAGGGAAAAAGCCACCCUGACUUCACCCGCAAGCCCAUCGCAUUGACUAUCCAGGAGGGUAAGGAACAGCUAAUCAUGUAAUAUUCUGCAUUAACAAACAUUCCUAUUAUACUAGAAUGAAUGUUGUGUGUUCUGCUAUUGCCUUUAAAAAAUAAAUAAAUAAAAAAUAGUCAGAUAUAUUAUUCCAAGCUGCAGCACAUAGGAAUUGGGUCAACCAAAAUGGGAACAGUGACCAACUGCAGCAGGGGUACUGAUGGGAUUAACACAUGUGGUCCACCGUAGCUCAGUUGGUAGAGCAUGGCACUUGCAUUGCCAGGAGAGUGGGUUUGAUUCCCAGGACCACCCAUAAGUCAAACAUAUAUAAAAUGCACAUAUGACUGUAAGGCGCUUUGGAUAAAAAGUGUCUUCUAAAUGGCAUAUAGAAAUUGGGUCAACCAAAACAGACCUUACAGUGAAAUACUUACUUAAAACUGCAUUGUUGGUUAAGGGAUUGUAAGUAAGCAUUUCACUGUAAGGUCUACACCUGUUGUAUUCAGCGCAUUUGACAAAUAAAAUUAGAUUGUAUAUAUUAUAUUAUGUCCUGACUAAGACAAGAAGCAUAAGGACAUGUACGGACAGGGACAGGCCAGAUUGCCUUAUUUUACAUCAAGUUGAGUGAUUUAUAUCAUUUGGAGCAUGUUCCACAGGCUUCAGAGCAUGACAUGUGACAGUGGUCAUAAGGCAUGUGAUGUAUGGUGGAGCCCACAAAAUGCUAUCCUUACAGAUGGCUCGUAUCAACUUCAUUUGACACAGAAAUGAAAUGUAGACUCUACGUUAUUUAUGAUUAUGAUGACCUUCUACGCCCUACCCACUCACAUACCAAAUCCUUAUUUAACCUGAGGAAGAAAAAAAAAAACGUACACACUUAGAUUGGUGACACACCCUUUACUAGAGGCAGUCUGUUAAGCUCCUUAUUAAAACAUAUGCCAUAAUCAACGCCUAGCUCUUUCAUCACUGGGGGAAGUUGAAUAACAAAUGUUACACAUCAUAUUUGGUUAAAAUGCAAUGUAUUCAGUAACAUAUCAAACAAAUACAGUCCUACCUAUCGCACUAAUCGUUGCUUAUGUAAAAUUGUAUCACCAAAAGGAUGGACUAAUUAGACACACAAAUAUGGACAUAUACUGAACAUCAGAAGAAAAAAACAAUGGUACAAAAUGCUACUAUUUAUGUGUUCUAUGACUCUAAACCCAAAUCAGGCAAGUUCGGGGUGUUCAAAGCCAUUGUGAUUGGUGAACCUACACCCAAAGUGACAUGGAACCGAGCAAAUGGAAACAUAGACGACCCGGAGAAGUUCCAGAGCAAGUAUGACGAGGCGACUGGUGAACACACCCUAGAGGUAAGGAUAUUUAUCACCAUUCAGCACCAACUGGUGAACACACCCUAGAGGUAAGGAUAUUUAUCACCAUUCAGCACCAACUGGUGAACACACCCUAGAGGUAAGGAUAUUUAUCACCAUUCAGCACCAACUGGUGAACACACCCUAGAGGUAAGGAUAUUUAUCACCACUCAGCACCAACUGGUGCUUAUACUCAACAAUAAAGGGGACAUAUUGUCAACUUCAGUUCCAUCAAAGGCUGCUCAAUCUCUUGACAUCUACACGUCCCCUCCUUUUUACUCCAACCUUUAUAUUUCAACCCUUUAACAUUAGGAAAAAAUGUAUUAUAAUAAUGAUUGGUUAAAUUCCUGAAAUAAAAAAAUAUAUGUAAACAAAAAAUUAACAAUUACCCUUGAAGUAUAUUCCAAUUGAUUUGGUUUAUUGAUCUUAAUAGCAGUUGAUGGGAAGUACACAGUAAAUACAUGAUCAAUGUGCUUACAGAUCCCCAAAGUAUGUACAGAAGAUGCUGACACCUACAAAUGCUUUGCAACAAAUGAGUUUGGAAAGGCUGUUUGCACUAUCCAGCUGAAUGUCAUUGAAGGUAUGACACAUAAAAAAUAGACUUCUAACACAUCUAAUCCAAAUCUCUCUUAAGCAAUAUUUAUCUUGUCAAACGAGCAAGUGCAUUCUAAUGAUUUAAAAAGAAUGAUCAACACUUCAAGACAUAAACAUUAGGAAACUUUUCUUUCCAGUUGGAUUCAAAAAGACGAAGGAAAUAGCCAAGUCAAAAGAAGAACUAGAAGCAUCCAAACCUGCGUCUUUUAGAACAAUGUUGAAGAAGCGGUAAGAUAAUGUAUUACAUACUACUCUAUAUACAGGUUGCGUAAAUAGUCUUGAAUUGGUAUUUUUUGUGGCUAAAAUUCAGGUUUCCUAUCUCUUAAACCUUUCAUACAGACAACCUAAACCUCUAAAAAUAAGGUAACAAUCAGUUAAAGCUCUCUGUUUGAAAGGGGUUCGGGUCUGGAAAACAGGCCCUAAUUGACCAAGGGAAACACUGCUGAAAAGACUUCUAUAAUAGGGGACAAUGAAUUAAUAAAGCAGACUAAAUACAAGCAGCAGCUCUGCAAUAGCAAUUCAAAUGAAUGCAUGCAUGGUAAAUGAUCAUCCUGUGUGAUCUACAGUGGAGAAAUCCGUGAGCAAAAGCCACUCGAAUCUGAAGAGAAAGUUUGGGAGAUCCUGAUGAGUGCCAACAAGAAAGAUUAUGAACGCAUCUGCGCUGAGUAUGGCAUCACUAAUUUCCGUGGGAUGCUGACAAAACUGGCUGAAAUGAAAAGGGAGAGAGAGGAGGAGCAAGCACAGGUAUAGUACUACGGAAUAUAUUAUUGCUGGUGUUAUUUUUAAGAAAAUAUCAAUAAAAUAAAAAGGUAAAAUGUGUCCGUUACCUGUUUGAUUUUUAAAAGAUCUUAUGGUUCCUCAGUCAUUUUACUAUACCUUUAUAUUUGUCUGUUUCAGUUUAUUAAACAAAUCAGUUCGCUCAAACACAUCGAAGUCAAUGCUGAUGAAAAUGCAACAUUUGAAAUUGACAUGGAUCUUAAGGAUCCCAGCAGCAGGAUUUUCCUCUACAAGGUAUGAAAGCUCAUACAAAACUGUUCAAUAGCUCUCCUGUUUAUUUCAGUUUCUCCUCCAGGUGCCAACUAUCAGGUGAUUGGCCACAAAGGUGCAUUGUUAAAACAAGUGUUAUCUUUAACACUUUGUUCUUAGUUGAAGCAUGAUUCCACACUACGAAUGUUGCUUGUUUAAAGGAAUAGUUUGGGAUGUUUACAUUCAGAAAGUAUUCAGACCCCUUGACAUUUUCCACAUUUUGUUACGUUACAGCCUUAUUCUAAAAUGGAUUCAAUAGUUUAUUCCCCCCUCAUCAAUCUACACACAAUACCCCAUAAUGACAAAGCAAAAACAGGUUUUUAGAAAUUAUUGCACAUUUAUUAAAAAUAAAAAACUGAAAUAUCACAUUUACAUAAGUAUUCAGACCCUUUACUCAGUACUUUCUUGAAGCUCCUUUGGCAGCGAUUACAGCCUCGAGUCUUCUUGGGUAUGACACUUCAAGCUUGGUACACCUGUAUUUGGGGAGUUUCUCCCAUUCUUCUCUGCAGAUCCUCUCAAGCUCUGUCAGGUUGGAUGGGGAGCGUAGCUGCACAGCUAUUUUCAGGUCUCUCCAGAGAUCGGGCUCAAGUCCGGCCUCUGGCUGGGUCACUCAAGGACAUUCAGAGACUUGUCCCGAAGCCACUCCUGCAUUGUCUUGGCUGUUUGCCUAGGGCCGUUGUCCUGUUGGAAGGUGAACCUUUCACCCCAGUAAGGGGUCCUGAGCUCUCUGGAGCAGCUCUGUUCAUCUUUCACUCGAUCCUGACUAGUCUCCCAGUCCCUGCCACUGAAAAACAUCCCCACAGCAAGAUGCUGCCACCACCAUGUUUCACCGUAGGGAUGAUGCCAGGUUUCCUCCAGACGUGACGCUUGGCAUUCAGGCCAAAGAGUUCAAUCUUGGUUUGAGAGUCCUUUAGGUGCCUUUUGGCAAAUGUGUCUUUUACUGAGGAGUGGCUUCCGUCUGGCCACUCUACCAUAAAGACCUGAUCGGUGGAGUGCUGCAGAGAUGGUUGUCCUUUUGGAAGGUUCUCCCAUCUCCACAGAGGAACUCUGGAGCUCUGUCAGAGUGACCAUCGGGUUCUUGGUCACCUCCCUGACCAAGGCCCUUCUCCCCCAAUUGCUCAGUAUGGACGGGCAGCCAGCUCAAGGAAGAGUCUUCUUGGUGGUUCCAAACUUCUUCCAAUUCAAGAAUGAUGGAGGCCAUCGUGUUCUUGGGGACCUUCAAUGCUGCAGAAAUUUUUUGGUACCCUUCAUCAGAUCUGUGCCUCGACACAAUCCUGUCUCAGAGCUCUACGGACAAUUCCUUUGACCUCAUGGCUUGGUUUUUGCUCUGACAUGCACUGUCAAAUGUGGGACCUUAUAUAGACAGGUGUGUGCCCUUCCAAAUCAUGUCCAAUCAAUUGAAUUUACCACAAGUGGACUCCAAUCAAGUUGUUAGAAACAUCUCAAGGAUGAUCAGUGGAAACAGGAUGCACCGAGACUCAAUUUUGAGUCUCAUAGCAAAGGGUCUGAUUUUUAUUUAUUUAAUUUAUACAUUUGCAAAAAUGUCUAAAAACCAGUUUUUGCUUUGGCAUUAUGGGGUAUUGUGUGUAGAUUGAUGAGAAGAAAAAAAUCAAUUUAAUCCAUUUUAGAAUAUGGCUGCAACGUAACAAAAUGUGGAAAAAGUCAAGGGGUCUGAAUACUUUCCGAAUGCACUAUAUCAACAUCCCCAAAGUCAGAUGAACUUGUGGAUACUAUUUUUAUGUGUCUCUGUGCAGUUUAAAGGAAGUUGCCAACAAAAGUCUGCGCAAAUGCUAAGUAGAGUUAGCGCAAUGACAGGAAGUCUAUGGGAACAGCUGUAGACUUCCAGUCAUUGUGCUAACGCUAGUUAGCAUUGGCUCACAAAACUACCUCCAACUUCCUUCAUACUGGACGCAGAGACAUAAAACCGGUAUCUACGAGUUCAUCUGACUCUCGGGAAGUAGAUCAAAAUGAUUUAAAUGUUUACAAAAACAAUACUCUGCAGGAUGGUGUUAUGGUUCCUUACACUGUUGAGAUGGAAGAAGAAAUGAAGCACCAACUGAAACGAGUUGGCAAAAAGUUUGUUUUCACGAUCAAAAAUCUAGACCCGGCAGAUGCUGGUCUCUACUCAGUGGAUGUAGAGGGAGUUAAUGUCUUCUCCACUGAUUUCAAAAGUGAGUACAAAUAUAAAAAUGGCAGUCUAAAUAGAGACUAGAAAAAAUGCUAUAAUAAUACGAUUAUUACAAAAUAGUUGAUGAUACUAUGUGGAAUUAUAGUAAAACAAGAGCCAAUACAUCAUAAUAUAAAUUUUUGGGGAAUUACAGCAUUCAAGGACUAUAACUGCAGUAUUUGUAAAAAGUGUGUGUUUGAGAACCAUGACAAUUUUAUCGUGUGAACUGGAUGGGCUUGUUAUGCAUUAUCCCCUAUUAUUCUCUAUCCAUCCACCAGUUCCACCUGUGAAUUUCGCCGUCAAAAUUCAGGAGGUGAAGGCAGAAGAACGAGAAGAUGCCCUCUUCCAGUGUGUCUUAACGGCACCUAUGGCUGAGAUUAACUGGAUGGGCAAGAGUGCCCCGAUAGAAAAUAAUGACAAAUUUGAAAUCACAGUGUCUGAAGACAAGCUCAUCCACAAGUUGUUAGUGAAGGAUUGUCAGCCUUUGGACGCUGGUAUCUACGCAGCUGUGGCAGGUAUCCAUUCCUGUAAUGCCUGGCUUGUGGUGGAAGGUGAGGUUAUUCCAUUUUCUCAUGGAAUGUUUUUGAACAAUAUUUCAGCAUAUCAAUUGUAUUCAUAAACCAUAUAAAUGAACGGUGAAUCACACACACACCCAUCACUGGCUACCAUUGUCUUACCACUAUAUUAAAUAGCUCUCAAAUUCUCUGAUUUAGUUGACAAGAACCCUGCGAAUAAAGGCAAGAAGAUAGCUCGCAAAACAACCCAGGCUGGAGGAAGUGAUUUGGAUCUGGAGGAAAAUAGCAAAGGAGCAGGCGGAAAAACACAAGAAAGACAUGGAAGAGAGGAUGGCGGAAGCAAAGAUAAAGGCUGCUGAGAGAGGUGUCACUGACGAAGCCGCCCGGGUCGCGAAAGAGGCCGAUGAUGCAGCCGCCAAAGCCGCCAGAGAGGCUGCUAGGGCUGCGGAAGCUAAGGCUAAGGCUAAGGCAGAGAAAAAAGCUGCUAAAUUGAAAGCUGCUAAGGAGAAGGCAAAGGCAAACAGGAAAGCCUCAGGGAAAGCCUCAGGUGAUGGGGCUGCAGGUGAUGGAGCUGCAGGUGGUGGGGCUGCAGCUGGUGGGGCUGCAGCUGGUGGGGCUGCAGCUGGUGGCGCUGCAGGUGGUGGGGCUGAGGGAGACGCUGCAGAUGGAUCGGCAGAUGAAGACAUAGUAGUAAGCACAGAUGAGUCUGAUGAGGAAGAUGAGGCCACAAAAACAAAGCGUGUGAGAAGCAAUCAACUUGUUCCAGACACGGUCAUAGGUAAGAAACUAUUUCUUCCAUUGAUAAGAUUUAGAAAUAGUUUAAAUGGAAGACUUCGGGGCCGGUAUCCCGGACACAGAUUAAGACUAAAAAGCACUUUCAAUGGAGAUUCUCCAUUGAGCAUGCUUUUUAGUUCUGGGAAACUGGCCCAUAGAGUAUAUCCACUAUACUAAGUAUAGUUCACCUAAAUGUCAUAUUUCUAUGACUAGGAUGACUGUCUGAAGGUCAUUAACACCUGAUUGUAAUUGAAGUCACACUAGAGGAUGAAUUUUGGUAAGGUAUCUUUUAAAAACACUACUUAAAGGAAUACUUUGGGAUGUUGGCUAUUAUGCCCUUCAUCUACUUUACCAGAGUCAGAUGAAUUGUGGAUACCAUUUCAUGUCUCUGUGCCCAGUAUGAAGGAAGUUAGAGGUAGUUUUGCGAGCCUGUGCUAACUAGCGUUAGCACAAUGACUUCCAGUCAUUAUGCUAAUGCUAGUUAUCAAUUGCGCUAGCACUAGUUAGCAACUUCCUUCAAACUGCAUGCAGAGACAUAAAAAUGGUAUCUAAGAGUUCAUCUAACUCUGGGGAAGUAGAUAUUGCCAAAAUCCCAAAGUAUCCCUUUAAGAAGUACUUACAUUAACAUACACAAAUAAGUACAGGACACACACCCCUGACAAGUCAACUAACGUACAAAUCAACUGAGAUACUUGUUUUUGUGUGUGUCCAUUAUAUCAUUAUGUUUUUUCGUUAUCGCUUUGGCACCCCAGCUUUAUUUUCAGAUUUUCGUCCCAUACUGUUAUUGUUAAUAAUGUACAUUGUUCAUUGUUACUUUCGUAAUCAUGCUAUUGCUAUUUUUGUUACCAUAAUUGUGGUUGCAAUUGUAUUUGUUAUUAUACUGCUUAUAAAACAUUAUAAAACCUUAUCAGCCAAGACAAUAGCAUCCAAUUACAGUAAGAAACUACAUCCAUGUAUGUAACAACUGACAUAUAUUAUUGUCAAAGGAGAUGCUAAAUCUAAUUAGGUGAUUAGCUUGCACAUUUUGGCAUAUUGUAGUUGAAAUUAUUAUUAAUCAACAUCAGUACAUGGAAAAUGGUCUGAUUGUAUCAUAUUAAUGUAUUAGCCAACCAACUUCAUUAAAAAUGAUUUUGCCUUUAAAGCAAAUACAAAAAUUCACAAGGUCAAUACAUACAAUUGAAAUUGUUUGACUUCAUCUUGAAAUUGAUGAUCACCAAUAGAUGAUGAUGAGGAAGCUUCAAGUGAGCAACCGGGGAAACGUGGUAAACGCACAAGGCAAGGCCCACUGCUCAAGGAAGAGAUUGUUGGUAAGAUUUUGUGAAGGUUGCAUUUGAUGAACAUGCAUGGAAACAGGUUGGUUCAAUAUCAGUCAUUUGUCGGAAAUGACUUUGGCACGCCGGCCUGAUAAAUAAAGGACAUCUUUGUUUACGCAAAAAAAGCUUAAUACUUACACUGAAAUUCAGGAUUAAUAUUAACCAUCAAAUGUAUAAUGUGUUUGUUAUUGAAGUUGAUAUACAGUACAUACAGUGAGGAAAAAAAGUAUUUGAUCCCCUGCUGAUUUUGUACGUUUGCCCACUGACAAAGACAUGAUCAGUCUAUAAUUUUAAUGGUAGGUUUAUUUGAACAGUGAGAGACAGAAUAACAACGAAAAAAUCCAGAAAAACGCAUGUCAAAAAUGUUAUAAAUUGAUUUGCAUUUUAAUGAGCGAAAUAAGUAUUUGACCCCUCUGCAAAACAUGACUUAGUACUUGGUGGCAAAACCCUCUGACAGAGGUCAGACGUUUCUUGUAGUUGGCUACCAGGGUUGCACACAUCUCAGGAGGGAUUUUGUCCCACUCCUCUUUGCAGAUCUUCUCCAAGUCAUUAAGGUUUCGAGGCUGACGUUUGCCAACUCGAACCUUCAGCUCCCUCCACAGAUUUUCUAUGGGAUUAAGGUCUGGAGACUGGCUAGGCCACUCCAGGACCUUAAUGUGCUUCUUCUUGAGCCACUCCUUUGUUGCCUUGGCCGUGUGUUUUGGGUCAUUGUCAUGCUGGAAUACCCAUCCAUGACCCAUUUUCAAUGCCCUGGCUGAGGGAAGGAGGUUCUCACCCAAGAUUUGACGGUACAUGGCCCCGUCCAUCGUCCCUUUGAUGCGGUGAAGUCCCCUUAGCAGAAAAAUACCACCUCCAUGUUUGACGAUGGGGAUGGUGUUCUUGGGGUCAUAGGCAGCAUUCCUCCUCCUCCAAACACGGCGAGUUGAGUUGAUGCCAAAGAGCUCGAUUUGACCAUAACACUUUCACCCAGUUCUCCUCUGAAUCAUUCAGAUGUUCAUUGCCAAACUUCAGACGGGCCUGUAUAUGUGCUUUCUUGAGCAGGGGGACCUUGCGGGCGCUGCAGGAUUUCAGUCCUUCACAGCGUAGUGUGUUACCAAUUGUUUUCUUGGUGACUAUGGUCCCAGCUGCCUUGAGAUCAUUGACAAGAUCCUCCCGUGUAGUUCUGGGCUGAAUCCGAGGGAGAUUGAUAGUUCUUUUGUGUUUCUUCAAUUUGCGAAUAAUCGCAUCAAACUGUUGUCACCUUCUCACCAAGCUGCUUGGCGAUGGUCUUGUAGCCCAUUCCAGCCUUGUGUAGGUCUACAAUCUUGUCCCUGACAUCCUUGGAGUGCUCUUUGGUCUUGGCCAUGGUGGAGAGUUUGGAAUCUGAUUGAUUGAUUGAUUGCUUCUGUGGACAGGUGUCUUUUAUACAGGUAACAAACUGAGAUUAGGAGCACUCCCUUUAAGAGUGUGCUCCUAAUCUCAGCUCGUUACCUGUAUAAAAGACACCUGGGAGCCAGAAAUCUUUCUGAUUGAGAGGGGGUCAAAUACUUAUUUCCCUCAUUAAAAUGCAAAUUAAUUUAUAACAUUUUUAACAUGCGUUUUUCUGGAUUUUUUUGUUGUUAUUCUGUCUCUCACUGUUCAAAUAAACCUACCAUUAAAAUUAUAGACUGAUCAUGUCUUUGUCAGUGGGCAAACGUACAAAAUCAGCAGGGGAUCAAAUACUUUUUUCCCUCACUGUACAUUAUAUAUAAAAUGUCAUUCAAAAUAGGUCCCAUAUGAUUUCAUAUGUAGUCAGAAAUAAUUGACCAAAACUGUGGCACUGUAGUUAAACAUAACAUCUGCCACAUUAUGAUGUACUAAUAGUCAUAAUUUGAAAUACAUAAAUUCAUAGGCCUAUUUGUUUGGACAGUUCUACACAAUAUAGCGAUAAACUUGAUGAAGCAGUUUGUAAAAUUCAUACACAUUGCAGGUCACCACCAUGUCUAAAUAAUGUCCAAACAAACAAUUAGUGUCCCUAGCAGAAGCACCCUUCACUUCGUGUCUGAACCGCAGAUAAAUACUUAAUGAGGAAAGAUUGAAUUCCAAACCAAGUUGAGCUCAAGCAGUACCUUUCUCUGAAAGUCCUUAGCUUGGUGGUGUUAUAUUUUUUUCUUUUGAGUAUUAACAUCCUUCUAAAUUUAACAAAUAAUAACAUGCACAGUUUAACAUACCUCUUAUUAAUCUUUAUAUAAAAUGCAAAAUGUACAUAGCAUGUACAUAAUACUGUUCACUCUUUGAAAGACAAAUAUGACAUAAUAUUUGUGUUUUAUAUGCCACGUGUGUGUGCUUCCAUGUUUCAUCUGUAUGUUAUUUGUGCCUUGUGUUGACCCAUUUGUGAAUGUUUGCUUUUGAAAAAGGGGCUCUCUUGUCAUUACAGAGAUUGGUGAAGGAAUUUGCCAGGUUACUUAUUCAAGUACAACAAAAACAAGUUUUACGUAAAAGGAUAUUGUCUUCAUAUUUCAUCAAUGUUUUUUCUUUUGAGGAAAAUGUUAAUUACAUCCAGCUACUAACCAGAGUAGUUAUGGAUACAAAAGGCUUGUCAGUUUCUGGAACUCCUUCAUAUCACAUCACAAUGUAUUGGGUAAGUAAUUGGAACCAAAUUCUUCACCACCCCUUCCUUGUUAAAGUUAUUGUUGUUGUGCAAUUGUUAUUGUUAUUAUUGUUGCUUUUGUUAUCGUGGAUGUUGUUGUUGUUAUUACUGUUACCAUUGCUGUUCUCUACAACGCCUUACCCAACGAUAAUCGACAAAUAAUCAGAGUGAUUGACAGUGACUAUGAUAAUCAUCAAUAGGAAAGACAAAUAGUAAAGGCACAGCCACAGAUGCAAAAGGCAAAAAAAGAAAGUCAAAGAGCGGAGGUGGUGCUGGUGGCGCCGGGCUAGCAAGCAGCGGUGCAUCUGCCGACAAUGGUGAGGCUGCAAGUGGCGAUGAGGCUUCAAGUGGCGAUGAGGCCGACGAGCCAGCAGAAGCUGCUAAGUGUGGCAAGCGCACAGGCCGCACAAGGCCAAGCCCAAUACUUCAGGAGACGGUCAUUGGUAAGAUCAUGGAAACUGCAUUGACUACUGCAUGGGAGGCACCGUUGAAGGAUCAAAGUCAUUUGAUAAAACAAAUGACUUUUCCUAUUUGAGGCUGGGCUUACAGAACACACGUGUGAUCAUUCAGAAUAAUGCUGGGUUUUAAUCCUUAGUUAUUAGUUCCCUGACCCUUUGGGAUGAUGGUGUUCUUGAAUAAGGGUGGCUUUAACAAUGGUUAACAAUCCAUACUUCACAUAGACUAUCAUACAGCACAUUUACAUGUAUUCUAGAUGUUUUAUAAUUGAUAGGUUUGGGAGGAACUUUUUAAUUUUAUUAAACCAUGUAGUUUACAAGUCAUUUCUAGCAGGGCAUAUCAAUAAUGGAUGACAAAAUUGCAUCCAUGUCGCCGCCUUAGUGUUUGCAAAUUGUGUUUUGUGUGUGCUACAGUGUGUUUAAAAAGCAUCGGUGUUCGUAGUUUGUUUGUCUUAACAAACAUUCUUGCCUGUGUAACCUAGUACUAAAUUAACUGUUGCGAAGUCUCCAAAAUGUGGGUUCAUUACUAAAAUAUAACCACGUCAGAAGAACACAGAAGACUCAAACCAUAUUUCAGGAAGAAGAAAAAACAUGAAAUGUCAGCAACUCAUGAAACCAUACGAAGAUUGAAGUGUGAUACAUAAGAAUGGAUGUGAUGGUUUGGAAGGUGAUGUGAAAAUAUAAGAAGAAAAUAUGUCAAUCAUUAUUUGAAUAUGUUGGUAACCCGUUGUAUUAAAGUGAUAAUGCCCUCGACUUCAUCUCAGGCCUAAAAACACCCGCGCCAAUAUAUCCUCCAAACAACGGCUUCACGGGCAUUAUCACUUAAAUAAGAAGAGCUCAAGCUUUAGAAAGAGAAAUAAGGAUAUAUGAAGACUUCUUGCCUGGAAGAUAAAACCUCAUGUUUUAGAAAGUGACAUAAAAAAACUGCACCUCUUACAUCUUACACACAACCAUUGGCAUAGCCAAGAAUGAAUGGCUACAUUUAUUCACACAGUACUCUGAAGAUAUGAAUAUCUCUUGUCAAUGAUCACCUUGACCGAAGACCUAUGGCAAACCAGAAUGAAGGCGAAGAGUGAAGAAUAACACCAUGAACUCAUGCCAUACCCAGGCUAACAGAAAGAGAAUAUAACAGAAAAAAAAUAAAAAAAUAAACAUAUCAACAAAUUCCUGAAAUAACAUGGAAAAAUGAAAUCUUCAAUAAUUUGCUUAAACAAUCAAAAUUGAAGAAAUGACAUUUCGCGAUCUUCAUCCACACUGGAGUUCAACGCCAUCUGUUUUUAGUCCAUCACACCUCUUAAAUAAUUUAGGAUUCUGAGAACUCGGAGCUUAGGUAAGUCAGUACACUAAGAUGACAUUAUAUUGUAUGCCAUGCAUACAUAAAUGCAUGAACUGUAUAACAAAGAAAGAUUGCAAUUAUUUUACUUAAUACGAAUUCCAACACUCACCCUAACAGGUACAUUGGCUUGCGAAAGUAUUCACCCCCUUUGGCAUUUUUCCUAUUUUGUUGCCUUACAACCUGGAAUUAAAAUAGAUUUUUGGGGGGUUUGUAUCAUUUGAUUUACACAACCACUUUGAAGAUGCAAAAUAUUUUGAAUAUAUAAGAAACAAGACAAAAAAAAUGAAAACUUGAGCGUGCAUAACUAUUCACCCCCCCAAAGUCAAUAGUUUGCAGAGCCACCUUUUGCAGCAAUUACAGCUGCAAGUCUCUUAGAGUAUGUCUCUAUAAGCUUGGCACAUCUAGCCACUGGGAUUUUUGCCCAUUCUUCAAGGCAAAACUGCUCCAGCUCCUUCAAGUUGGAUGGGUUCCGCUGGUGUACAGCAAUCUUUAAGUCAUACCACAGAUUCUCAAUUGGAUUGAGGUCUGGGCUUUGACUAGGCCAUUCCAAUACUUUUAAAUGUUUUCCCUUAAACCACUCAAGUGUUGUUUUAGCAGUAUGCUUAGGGUCAUUGUCCUGCUGGAAGGUGAACCUCUGUCCCGGUCUCAAAUCUCUGGAAUACUGAAACAGGUUUCCCUCAAGAAUUUACAUGUAUUUAGCGCCAUCCAUCAUUCCUUCAAUUCUGACCAAUUUCCCAGUCCCUGCCGAUGAAAAACAUCCCCACAGCAUGAUGCUGCCACCACUAUGCUUCACUGUGGGGAUGGUGUUCUCGGGGUGAUGAGAGGUGUUGGGUUUGCGCCAGACAUAGCAUUUUCCUUGUUGGCCAAAAAGCUCAAUUUUAGUCUCAUCUGACCAGAGCACCUUCUUCCAUAUGUUUGGGCAGUCUCGCACAUGCCUUUUGGCGAACACCAAACGUGUUUGCUUAUUUAUUUCUUUAAGCAAUGGCUUUUUUUCUGGCCACUCUUCCGUAAAGCCCAGCUCUGUGGAGUGUACGGCUUAAAGUGGUCCUAUGGACAGAUACUCCAAUCUCUGCUGUGGAGAUUUGCAACUCCUUCAGGGUUAUCUUUGGUCUCUUUGUUGGUGGGCGGCCCUCUCUUGGCUGGUUUGUUGUGGUGCCAAAUUCUUUCAAUUUUUUUAUAAUGGAUUUAAUGAUGCUCCGUUUAUAACCCAACCCUGAUCUGUACUUCUCCACAACUUUGUCCCUGACCUGUUUGGAGAGCUCCUUGGUCUUCAUGGUGCCGCUUGCUUAGUGGUGUUGCAGACUCUGGGGCCUUUCAGAACAGGUGUAUAUAUACUGAGAUCAUGUGACACUUAGAUUGCACACAGGUGGACUUUAUUUAACUAAUUAUGUGACUUCUGAAGGUAAUUGGUUGCACCAGAUCUUAUUUAGGGACUUUGUAGCAAAGUGGGUGAAUACAUAUGCACGCACCACUUUUCUGUUAUUUAUUUUUUAGAAUUUUUUGUAACCCAUUUCACUUCACCAAUUUGGACUAUUUUAUGUAUGUCCAUUAUAUGAAAUCCAAAUAAAAAUCCAUUUAAAUUACAGGUUAUAAUGCCACAAAAUAAGAAAAAACGCCAAAGGGGAUGAAUACUUUUGCAAGGCACUGUAAUUACAUAAGGGUGAGCUGCAAUUGAAGCACUGACACUAACUGUAAAUCUGGUAAAUCCUCCAGACCCUGGCGUUCACUUCACCCUUGGGCUUUCCGACGUCACCGCCAUUGUGGGAGACCAAGCUGAACUUUUCUGUAAGCUGAGCAAAGAAAAUGUUGAUGGGGUAUGGUACCUGGAUGGAGAGCAGGUGAGCAUCUACAUUGCAGUAUAAUUUAGCCAAUCAACACUUCAAUACAUAUUUUUAUGAUGGCCAUAGAAAAACACGAAUAAGUUAUUAUUAUUAUUAUUAUUAUUAUUAUAGUUAUAGUUUAGUCCUUAUUUUGCGUUUAGUGUUGAUGUGUUUUGAGCAAAAAUUUAGUUGUUUUAAUGGCUAUUGCAGAUGCAGACAAGACUGAAGAGAUAUAUCAAUCUAAACAUUGUGUUUUCCUGUUCAGAUUGAACCCGAUGAUGUUCUUACCAUGUCUAAAGAUGGAUUCUUCCAAUUCCUGAAAAUCAGCAAAAUCUCAGAGGACUAUGCUGGAAAAUACAAAUUUGAGGCAGAUGGGCGUAAAACAGAGGCCAUGAUUGUUGUUGAAGGUCUAAAUCUAUUUAACAUUUUUAUCUUAGAUCUAAUCUCAGCACCACAUUAAUUAUAUUUUAUAACAUUCUUAAAUUCACUCAUUAUAUUAUUGUACCUUUCUUUGUAGAUCCACCUAGAUUCGACCCAGAGGAAUUGAAAAAGUUUGCUGUUCCAAUCGUUAUUAAAAAAGGUCAAAGAGUCAGUUUCAAGAUACCAUUUGUGGGUCGGGAUCCAAUGAAGAUCCAAUGGUACCAUGAGGGGGAGGAGCUCUCAGAUGACACAAACAUCAAGAUAGAGCAUGCAGAGGGUUAUAGUCAACUGACUCUUAACAAGUUACAACGCAAAGACACCGGGGAAAUCAAGUUCAAACUCAAAAAUGAGUUUGGAACUGUUGAGGCCUUUGCGAAGAUCAUUGUAACUGGUAUGUUUAUUCUCUCUGGGUCCAAACAAUAAUUUAUUUUGUAUUUGGUGUGAAUACCUGGAUGUUACAAGUCACUUGGGCUAAUUCUAUUUAUCAAGCUAUGUAUUUAGAAUACAGUGCAAUAUAUUAUAUAAUACAAUAUAACAAGAAAUAAAAUAAUUACACUAUUUAAGUGAUUAAUGAAAGGGAUAGUGCGAGAUGAAGCCCUUUAUCUACUUCCCCAGAGUUAGAAGAGCUCAUGUAUACUAUUUGUAUUUCUCUUCGACCAGUAGGAAGGAAGUUGGCGGUACCAUGUUAGCUGUUCCCGUAGACUUCCAGUCAUUGCGUUAAAGCUAGUUAGCAUUGGCUCUCAAAAUCUAACUCUAACUUCAUACUGCACGCAGAGACAUACAAAUGGUAUGCAUGAGUUCAUCUGACUCUGGGUUAGUAGUUAAAGGGCUUAAUUACCCAAAUAUUGCACUGUCUAAUUAACUUCAGGAAGACAUUGUAUGAUGCUAAGAGAAAUACAACAGAGAGUAAAAGCUGCAUCUGUUUCUUGACAGACAAGCCCACCCCUCCCAUGGGACCUCUGGAGAUUAUUGAAGCCUCUCAAAAUGCCAUCGAGGUCAAGUGGAGGCCCCCGAAGGAUGAUGGUGGCUGUAAGAUACAAAACUACAUCCUGGAACGUCAACAGAUAGGCCGCAACACCUGGAAGAAGCUGGGUCCAAUUGGUCCAGAGGCCCACUACAAGGACACUGAUGUGGACCAUGGCAGGAGGUACUGUUACAAAAUCAGGGCCGACACUGAGAUGGGAACCAGUGAGUUGAUGGAGACAGAGGAUGUCCAGGCUGGCACAAAAGGUGAGUGCAUAAAUCAGUGAGGUCAAUUUAGCGUGAUUCAGGAUACUAUUUGUUAUUUUGGAAAUCUCAAUGUGCAUUGUCUAGUAUGGAAUACCAAUACCACAUUUUCAAAUGCUGAAAUGAAGUGAUUCAUUUUGUGUAUAUAUAUAUAUUAAUACAGAACCAGAAGACAGUUGUCGCUAAACCAUAUUUCUGUACUUAGCAUACCCUGGACCCCCUUCUGCACCCAAAGUGAUCAGUGCCUUCAAAGACUGCAUCAACCUGGCUUGGUCUCCCCCUUCCAACACUGGAGGAACCAACAUUCUGGGAUAUAACAUGGAGAAACGCAAGAAGGGAAGCAACCUAUGGAGCCCUGUCAAUCCUGCAGAUGAUAAAAUAAAAGGUUUCACCAUUACAACUUCGGUUUUAAUUUAUUGUUAUUUUCUUGUUCAUCUCCAAAUACUAUGAAACACGGUUAUUCCAUACAUGAAGUAUAGCGGUUUAACCCAUAACUUGCGCUAUUGUUUUAUAUGUUUGCUUGUACCACAGAGAAGGAGUUUGGUGUGAAAGAUGUGAUAGAGGGCGUGGAAUACGAGUUCCGUGUGGCAGCUAUCAACAACUCUGGAGCUGGUGAAUUUGGCACUCCUUCUGAGUUUGUGUUUGCCAGGGAUCCCAAAAGUAGGUCAUACUCAAUGGUAAUUUGUGUACAUAGAAAUUCUUUCAAAUUAAUCCAUAGUUUUAAGAGACCUAUUAAUAUGUCACUGAUGUGUAUCAUUUCAGAGCCCCCCGGUAAAGUCCUUGACCUGAAGGUGACGGACUCCACCUACACCACCUUGUCCCUGGGUUGGACUAAACCAAGGGAGGAAGAGGGGGUUGAGGAUGAAGCCAAGGGAUACUUUGUGGAGAUCAGACCAGCAGAAAGCCCAGAGUGGGACCGCUGUAACAAUAACCCCAUCACCAUGACCUCCUUCACAGUGAAAGGCAUGAAGUCAAUGGCCAUGUACUGGGUGAGAGUGAUCGCCACCAAUGACGGGGGAGAAGGCAAGCCGCAAGAGCUGGACAACUACAUCCUGGCAAUGCCCCCUCCUGGUAAGACCUUGAAUUUCAAACAUCCCUAUUGGCAUCAACAUAUUGAGAUGACAUAGCUUGAUUGCAAGCACCCCCCCCCCCCCACCCCACCCCACCCCACCCCCAACUUUGACUGUAUAGACAAAAAAAAAAUGAAUGUUGUUCUUAUGCUUUUGCGUCAUCCAGUCAGGCCAAGAUUCACUGAUCAAAAAGUCAAGAGUUUCAUGGUGGUGCAAGCAGGGAAUUCUGCACGAUUCAACAUGAACUUUGAGGUAAAAAGUGUGUUUUAUUUCCAAGUCUAAAAAAAUAUCCACUUUCAUACACAUGGAAAGAACCCAAAUGAAUUCUUCACACUACCGGUUGGAUAACACUCUUAUGUAGAUGUAGUGAUUGUAUUCUGAUAUUCUUCACAGGCCUCCCCUUGGCCAGAUGUCACUUGGCUGAAGGACGGCAUGCCUGUGUCCAAACGGGUUACCAUCAGUAAUGCUGAAGGGGCAUCCCAACUUUUGAUUCCUUCUUCAGAGCGUUCAGAUACAGGAAUCUACACCAUUAUGGUCAAGAAUAUCGUUGGCCAGGAGACAUUCAGCAUUGAGAUCAGAGUUACAGGUGAGAUGCUGAUGGCAUGGCUGACUGCGGUUCUGUAAAUAACCAAGUUAAAAGCAGUUGAGGUCCAGUGUUAAUCAUUCAUCACACAAUUAUUUGUGGUCCGAUCUAGACGAGCCCAAACCUCCAGGUCCUGUGGAGGUAGAUGAGAACGUACCGGGAACCGUGACCGUCUCCUGGACGCCAUCUCCUGAUGAGAAGAGGGACGACAGGCUGCACUACAUGGUGUCUAAACGCGACUCGAGCAAGAGAACGUGGCACACAGUGGCAGAUCACAUCUUUAACAACAAGUUCACAGCCUGUAACAUCAUGCCUGGCAGAGAGUACCAGUUUCGUGUCUACGCCAAGAAUGACAUGGGCUCUUCUCAACCCUCUGAAUCACCAAAGUGGGAAAUCACAGGCAAAAGAGGUUUGUAAAAGCUGUUUGGGUCACUCUUUGCAUAGUCCACGUGCUUUGAAAUGCAUCAAAAAGGCUAGCAAUUUUAUGGGUCACUUGUUGGUAAUUCCAAAAACUGAGAGCUUGGGCACUGACUGGUCCAAAGUCUCCCCGGCUAGUCAUUAGAUGAAGGGAAGUGUCCAUUCAUGGUUUGCUGCUCCCAGAAGGGAUCUUUAAUAACGCUUUGAACUUUAUUGUAUCAUGCUAAAGCUUUAUCAAAUAUAAAAAAAAAUAUAUAUCAGCAAACGGUGAGCGGACAUUUAUACUUUCUACAGCUAUCCUUUCAUUUCUGUCCACCCCAUUUGCCAAAUUUGGAUGUGUGUAAUAACUACUGUAAUCUUUAACAAGGUAUGUGUUGCCUCUGUGUUUGUGUUUUCAGAAAGGUUUGUGCUGGACAUGCCGGAGUCUAAGACCUGCAACCUAGAGCGUCCUCCCAAGUUCCUUGUCCCGUUGAAAAUGCACAACGCUCCACAAGGUUAUGAGUGCUACAUGAGCUGCGCCGUGAGAGGGGACCCAACGCCCCAUGUCACAUGGUACCGCAAUAAUAUCAGCCUCAACACCAACACCAACUACCUAAUCUCCAACACCUGUGGGGUCUGCUCCAUGCUCAUACUGAGGGUCGGACCCAAGGACACUGGAGAGUACAAAAUCAUUGCAGAGAACCCCCUGGGCAGGGCAGAGUGCUCCACUAAGCUCACUGUCUCAGGUAUAAACAACUGUUUUGCUGUACUACAUUGAAAUGUAAAUCUCAGAGACAAAACUAAUUUAUUCUAGUGUUUUGAGAGCCAAUAAUGAAUUUGAAAUAGAAACCAAUACAUUUCAAAACAGUGUGAUUUACUUAUAAUCCCAUUUUGUGUUCUUGUUUUUCAGAUUAGAUUGGCAUUAGAAAGAAGACAAUCACGCCCUUAUUUUUUUUCUUAAAGGAAAACUCCACCCAAAAACUAUCUUUUGGUGUUUGUUUCAUUAGUUCAUUGUUGACAUAGUCCCAAAAUGUUUUGCUUGUCAGCAAUCACGUUUUCAAGAUAUGUCACUUUCAAAAUACAGAAAUCAUCCCCGUAUGAUGCAUUUAGCAUCAUGCAAAAUGCAUCAUAUGGAGGAUGAUUUCUGUAUUUUGAAAGUUGUGUAUCUUGAAAACCAUUGUAUCAACAAUGGACUAAUGAAACAAAUAACAAAAUAUCGUUUUUGGGUGGAAUUUUCCUUUCACAGAGGUCCUCUGUUUUGUUUUCUAGUUCUGUGUAGAAAUGACAGUGUAUAUUUUUUUAGUUAAGCGUUCCCUGUAUCACAUUUAAUGUAAUAAUAUUCUACAUUCUGGGUGCUGCAUAUGUUUGGAGGCUCAGGUUGAGUACAUUACAAUGCAUCACUCUUUGAAUUAAGGAGAGACAAUUAUGUAACGUAAUAAAAUUGUGUUCAAUAAUCAAAAGCAGCCUAAAAGCAAGUCAUGAAGUGUUGUGUUUGUGUUUUAUUCCUCAAAGUGCAACAUUGGUAUAGGAAAGAUGAUUGGAAAUUGAAAUGAUGCAUGUUGCUAUUGUUUUCAGUGACUUUUUAGUACAUUUGAUCUAGAAAAUGAACAGUAAAAACAAGCAGAGAGCGAGGGAUCACAAUGUAAUCCUUUGCAUGGUUUACUGGCGUAAACAUUCAAAUGAGAACUGCAAAUGUGUGGCUGUGGUUCAUUAACUUCAAAGGUACUUAGUAAUUUGUGAAAUGUGUUUGCCUGCUGUUUAUGCUUCUCAUGGAGUAAUGCUGAUUUGCCUAUUUAUUCUUUGAAAACAAGAAUCAAAAUGAGUUGUCUAUCGGUGAUGUCUGUAGUGAUUGUUUUCCUCUUUCAUUUCCUUUAGGCUAUCUUUAUUUAUUUUUUAAAAAGGUUACCAUUUUAAUAUAAUAGAACUUAAUCAAUCUACUAUCUUCAACUAAAUACAAUGCAGAAAUUAAACAAAUAAUGGAUCUGAAUGGUGUGUUGUAAAGGAGAUGUUUUUAUGUUGGUUACGCUAUAUACAAGAGCUUGGUGUAAAUACAUAUUUCAAGCUCAUACGAUGUUGGAAUUUUGAAUUCUAAAUGUUUGAACAGGAGAGUCAAUAAAAAUCAGUGAUUAUUAGUUUAAUUUAUGUACAUUUUUGUGAUGCUUUUUAGACACACCGGAAUGCUUAGGUGAUCCGUGUCUAACUUUGAGUGGUUUUAGUCAGCUACAUAGCUUUCUUGAUGGCUUUGAAAUGUGUGGGAAUAAUUUAUACCUACUGAAUAUUACAGUAUAUAACAUAACAACCUGUUAUUUUUAUAGAGCACUCAUUUUACAUUUUGCUGAUACUACUUGAAAAAUAUUUGUGACAUACUGUACACACCUAUUAUGUGAGGAAUGUAUGUCCUGUCUCCUUGUAUUACUCAGGGCAUAGUUGUUUUGUGGGGUCAGAACAGUUGUCCAAGUUUGGUGUCAUUGAAGAAGAGAGGGUUAUCUGUUAACUCAGAGCUAAAACUCCAUCCAAGGUUUACUAUGGUACCAAGUCCGUUUUCAAUUUCAGUUAGGAAUGUCAAUUUCAACACAAUAUAAAAUCUAACUUUAAUGUUUUGACAGGAUAAAGCUCUCUUUUUCCACAUUGACAUGAUCAUUCUCUAUAGCUGAAAUACCCUGCUCAUAGAAGACAGUACUUUAAGUAGAUUUUGAUUACUCAUACCCAAUAAAUGACCAACUCCAAUAGAGUGAAACUACGUGCUCAAAUAAGUUAAACAUUGCUAAUUUGCAACCGGAUUAAAGAUAAUUGGUCAUCAUUAUACGCAUACUAUUUCCUGUGGCAUGCAGUCUAACAUCCAUAGUCAUCUUACGUAGCAUACUAACCAGUCUAGGUCCAUCGACAGAAGUGGAAACGUACCUUUAAAAUGCAGGAUGUAGAGAUGCCCGGACAGUGUUCAAUGUGUGUUGUUGCUCUCAUUAUGACACUUCUAGAACCUCUUUUAAAAAACGUACUCUAUAAGAAUGAAUUCGGUCCAAUGUCAAGCGGGUACCUUCAUUUUGAGGGAGGAGUUAGCUAUCCGUCAACUCUUGGUUGACUUUGGUACCUCCUUUUCAAGACCUGCAGCACUUGGGCCAAAUAAUGUAUAUGUCAGUAAGCCUAUCCAGCAGUCACGGUGGAAGGACACGGCCAAGGCUUGCACUGAGCAUCUCAAAAAGGGUUUAUUGCCUCUCAAAACGAAGACACCACACUCAAGUAUCAGAAGAACUGUGGCUAGAAGGAGCAGAGAGAAGAGCACCAUCCACUGAGCGAGAACAAGUAAGUCCAUUCCCUGGGCACAGGGCAAGGGGCUAAAUGUCAACAUGUGGGCAUGAUAAUAAUUCAUGACAUAUUGAUAUCAUUAUUGAUAAAAAUCUGUCCUGUGUACCUAUACUCAAAUACACUAUAUGUACAGUGGGUCUCUCUGCACACCUUUUUGAUCAUAAACCAAUUGUAAAAUGAUCCUAAGCUGUUUUAAAGGCUAAUGGUAUAUGACGUCAUUAUGUCCUGUAAAUAAUCCAAAUUAAUGUAAGGUUGUUAUGAUGCAAGGAAGGGCAUAAGUACAUCUAAUUGAAUGCUGAUGGAGAUGGAGGCACAGCAUCCAAUUCCCAAAUAAAACAUCCAUUACUUAGUGAUGACAAACAAUGAUUAAGAUGUCUAUUGAACUGAAAAACACAAUUAAAAACCAAAAUAUAUAAUAGUGAAAUUAAGUAGAUUUCAAGUUGUUGCUCAAUUUACAGUCCAAUAGUGAUUACAUAGGAAAAUGGCAUUCAUCAUGUUUAUAUUAUCUGGAACCAAUUGGCAGAUGAUGAUGGUCUAUUUUCAGGGAUACACAGCUAUCUAGUACUGUAACUAAAAGAUGAGAUGCCUUUUGAGCUGGAGAUGAAAUGAGCUUGAGCAUUAGAUGCCUUAUGAGCUUAGCUUUGUAGUGGAUGUACGAUGGGUGCUCAAUGUUGAUACAGUAUAAUGAUAACUAACCAAAAGUAAAUGUGGGCAAUACUGAUAUGUUCCCAAACUUUAAUGGUUUGAUACAUCUUGUGACGCCCUCCUUUCAAACGAUCGGAGCAGCUAAAAGAGGCAUCUUCUAACUGUCAAGAUGAUGCUGUGUAGACACAAACCCCCACUGGAACUGCCCAGGCAGUAAAAAGAGACUGAUUGCCACUAGACGGAGCUCGGCGUCCUGGGACAUAGACCUGCCACAUACCCAUCUUAUUUAUAAAUCAAUCCCACAGCGCAGUUGCUAGACAGGGCUAUUUUUCAUCCCAUACAAAUAUGGAAGUACAGCACAGCGUAGACGACGACGUUCAAACUUGCACGGAAUCCUGACGAAAAUCCGCCUCCUGGCUGGAUUACAUUACUUUGGUUGUCUCAUUAACAAUCCAAAAGCAUGCAAAAGUUGUUAAUGGAAUUCCUAAAAUAAGUGCAUUUGAAGUCUUACAACUGUGAACUGUACAGCUAGUGAAAAAAGAAUCAUGGAUUGUCUCCUAGCAACAAUUAGUUUUUUUAUGUGAAAAACAUUUCAUUCCUUGGCUAACCUCGUAGCAAAAAGCAGAGGUGCCAGAGUAAAAAGGAGGUGAAGAAGUCAGGAUGAAGAUGGUGAACAAGGAGAAGCUUUUAGCAAUGUAACACUGCCAGGAGAAUGGGAUAUAUAAUCAUUUCCAAAUAUUCAAUUAAUAUUUAUAUUCAUUUCACAUAAGCAAUAGCAUUAAAUGUAGCAUAUAUUCAAGCUCCAAUGCAUUCUGUCAAAGUGGACAAACACAAUACAUAUAUUGGCUCAUGACCUGAUACUUCUGAGAAUGACCUUUUGCUCCUAUUGAUUUUAAAAUUGCAUUAAAAUUAAAUGGACAUGAGGGAGGUAGUCUACAGUCGCCUGUUCCAUUUUCAGCGAGUGACUUGCGUCACAUGUUGCUCCAUGAUGGAUAGUUUUAUGAUCUAUUUGACCUAUUGCAUGCAAAAUGAGGCAGGUCACUUGCCACAGCCUACUUUGGGCAUGCUAAGUAUUCUGUGAUCACAGGAAUUCUUUAAUUUACUGUACAUCUUGAGUUACCACCUCUUGGAGCAUAUCAUGAUCCAACCACCUGCACUAAUACGUGCUGAAGUAAAAGUAGCGAUUUAAAAAAGAAAUGUACACUGACUGCACUGUCAAGUGACUGCACUGUCAAGUGUUUUUAUGCAAAAGUCAGAUCGUUAACAUUUCUGUGCACAAUUUACAAACUGUGCAAGUUGCUUCAUACCAACAAAUGUAUUAAACAUAUUAUAGUGUUUAAAUAGAGGAAAAAAAUCUGAAUUUUGAUCAAAUAUAGCAUAGUGUGGGUAUGGGUAUUAGUUAAGAGUUUCAUUGGAUUUUGAAAUGUAAACGUUUGUACUAGGCAUUCGAGUAGACAAUCGAGGGUGCCGGUAUCACUGCACUCAACUCACCAAAAAUAUAAAUAAUCCACUUGCAAGAGUUUCCCAUGACUUUUUUUCCAAGUGUCCUGCUUGUCCAAAUGUUAAAGACAGGGACAAGAAUGCUGUAUCCUACAAUCCGUCACACGCUCUCCCUCCCAUUCCCCCUUUUAAUAGAGACCUCACCAAGAGCAAGGUUUACUCAAAAUGUGUCAGCAUCAGAUUCCUACGACAGAAAUAUUGCCUUAAUCCAGCGGUUAAAGAAAUGGGUACAUGGCACCUGGUGGAACCAUCUGUGGAAGAUUAACUGUGUGGGAGACAGAUGGGGUUUCAUACUCUUACGAAUAGCUGUCUUGUCCUGUGCUGCCUGCCAUCCCACAUGCUUAGCUCAUAUACUGCUGACAUGCGCAGCAGUCUUCCUUCGUGGCCCUCAGUGAGGUCUGCUCUCCUUUGUAAGCCACUCACAGAAAGUGAUUCCAAUUAACACUGUGGAGUGCCAUGACCCACAGACAACAGUCAUGUCAACCAAGCAAUCAUGUACUGUAGGGUCUAGUUAUGAUACACAUUAUGUCGAUCACACUAAAUCAAAAAAUUAUCUUUGGUAAUCUUACUUUUUCCCAUUAGAAAGGUCUUCACCAGUUUAUCUCAGGGUACCAUUGUGCAUUUAUAAUGGUAUUCAUGCAAAAUGUAUACAAAAUCAACAGAGUUGAUCUCUGUAGGUUAACCAGUUAGCCAACCAUAGUACAUUAGCCGUUUAAGCUUGUUGGUUAAAUGUUUAAUUUGUAUAAUGUAGCAAUGUUUGCUUCCCGUAAAUGUCAUUAAUAAACAGUGUUGGAAAAUGUGUGAAAAAAAAAAAGGAAAACAAACUAGAGUGCAACAAGUAGCCUAAUAGAGCCAUUUUAGCUUAGCUAGAUAGCUUGCUACUUUGUAUGUCGUAUGUCAUUCCGGGAGCACACCAAGUCAUGAUUUUAUAUUAGAACAGGUUGAUGGUGCUGGUUAAGCGAUAAAAAAAAUACCUUAUUGACAUCCCUACUUGGUUCACAACUUGAUGCCAAACAAAAAAAGUGGAUCUUGUUAACUUGAUUUGAAAUACAUGUUCUCUAUUUCAGUAGCAGAGAACCAUCUGAAAAGCUGGUAAACUGCUAUCCAUAGCGAGAUGAAAUUCUUCAAGAAAACUAAAGAUGAGGAGCCAACUGCUCCAGGGCAGGGUAAGUAAUGCAUUUUUUUCUAAACUGAUGUUUUUAAAUGUUUAGUUUAAGCUUUAUUUAACUAGGCAAGUGAAUUAAGAAAAAAAUGUAAAUUCGUAUUUACAAUAACAGCCUACCAAGAGGCAAAAGGGACAGGGAUAAAAAAUUUAAAUGUUGGACAAAACACACAUCAUCACGACAAGAGACACAACAACACUACAUGAAAAGAGACCUAAGACAACACAACAUGGCAGCAACACAACAUGGUGGCAGCACAAACAUGGUAUAAACAUUACAUGUUUUCUAAACAUAACAUACUUUUUUAUCGAAGCGUAACUAAUCAAUAUAAAUGUUCAUAUAACAAUCAAUAAAUCUGGUUUCUUUCGGGUUUCGUACUUAACUAUAUUCCUAUAAGACGAUUGUGGUGUACUGUAUGUGUGUACGUCUAAUCCUGCUCUUUGUCUUACAUCCCACUAGUGGCAAUCAAAAAGAGAUCCAGAGUCCCUGGGGUCAUGAUUACACAGUUUGUGGAGGAGCUUCCUGAGGGCAUGACCACUCCUGAUUUCACCCGCAAACCCAUCGCUUUGACUAUUCAGGAAGGUAUGGGUCAUAUAUCAAACCACAAUGACAAUCUGAGAUAGUACUAAAGUCUUUAAAUGGCAAAUAUGUUCUUGAUCCUUGCUUGAAAUUGACAUUAUACUGAGUUGACAUGAACUGUGUUUUAUUGCAUUCUUGUAUACAGGGAAAUGUGCUGUUUUCAAAGCAAUUGUGUCUGGUAAUCCGACACCAACUGUUCAUUGGACAAGAAGUAACGGAGAAGUAAAUGACCCAGAAAGAUACAAAAUGGUGUCUGAUCCAGCCACGCCUAAUGAACACUGUAUAGAGGUGAGUCAACACACUGGUAUUGGACAGGAGCAGCAUUUUACAAUCACAUCUUUUUGGUCUUUCUAAACAACAAAAUGAAUCUGAAACAACCUGAUUUCCACCUGAUGUAAUAUCAACCAGAGGACGAAAUAAUCUAGAAGUAUGUUGGCUGCAAUCAAGACUAAUAGAUAACCUCGACAUCCAUGUUAGCGAGCGGUGAAAUCACUGGCCGAGGUUGAUUGCAAUUGAGAUCAGCUGUGUUAUUUUAGCGCAUAUUGAUGGUUUAACGAGAGAUCAGCUGGUUACAAUUAGCCCAAUUAGCUCUUUUACAAAUAUAUUUUUUUCACAUAAUGCCUUAUCACUGUGGCUGUUACUUCUCUUCUUUGCUUUUGGCCCAAAAACAAACCCUUCGUCCCCAAUCUGGGGUGACGUAACUGAUGCAAAUUGUAUUCCAAAUGGUAAUACUCAUGGUCAAUUUCUGUACACAGAUGCCGGAAGUAUCAACAGAACAAGCUGAUACCUACAAAUGCUUUGCCACCAAUGAGUAUGGAAAAGCUGUGGUCACCGCUAACCUCAAUGUAAUUGAAAGUGAGGACACCAUUACUCCUGGGUUGAUAUACAGCGUUAAACCUGGUUACAUCUCAUAACUGAUUCUUGAACAAGAGAAACAUGUUACGUUGAAUAGAUCCUUAACAAACACAUAUCUUCAGGAUCUAAGCCAGACAAACUAUAAUUGAUCCAAUUGAUCUUAAUUAACCAAUCUAAUGAAACGUCUCUUGCCUUUCAGUGGGAUAUAAGAAGAGCAAGGCUAUGAAAGAUGCACGAGCAGGUCAGUCACUGAAUUUGAAUCACAAAACAGAGUUUAAGUGAUGUUAACUGUAAAAAAAAAAUACCUAAAAGUUUAAUCUCAAUUUAGCUGCUGUGAAGCCACCUGAAGAUUUCAAAAGUCUCCUAACAAAAGCGUAAGACAAUACUAGAAAAACAAUCAAACAUAGCUAGGUUCUAGAUCCUAAUUCUACCAUAACAGUUUUGACGCAUUAAUGAGAUGAAAUUGUAUUCUUCUUGUUUAAGGGUUGUAGGACCAGACAAAGUUGAGAAAAAAGAUGGAGAAAUCGAUCCAAGGUUUUGGGAUGUGUUGAUGAGUGCCGACAAGAAAGACUAUGAGAAAAUCUGUCAUGAGUUUGGAGUCACUAACUUUCGCUGGAUGCUGAAGACACUGAAUGCGAAGAAGGUUGAGAGGGAGGAGGAACAAGCAAAGGUUUGCCUAAAUCAGAAAUAAUCAAACAUAGUAAAAAUAGGGAACUCCUGUAUAUAGAUUGUUUUUUUACAUCAUUUUUUAGUCAUUUACAGUAGCAGACGCUCUUAUCCAGAGUGACUUACAGGAGCAAUUAGUGUUAGGUGCUUUGCUCAAGGGCACACCGACAGAUUUUUCACCUAGUCAGCUCGGGGAUUCAAACCAGCGACCUUUCGGUUACUUGCCCAAACUCUGAACCGCUAGGCUACCUGCCGCCCAGCAUUUCCCAGUAUGUGAAAAGUGGGGUAUUUAUUCCUCUUACAUACACUGUUGUAUUCCAAAAUGAACAGUAACUGAAUAUCACUAACAUCAUUACGAGUGAAUGUGUUUUUUGCUCCUACAGUAUGUCGAAAACCUCAGCAAUCUGAAACACAUUGAAGUCAAACCUGGUGGAGGUGCAGAGUUUGAAUUUGAGAUGUCGCUUAAAGACCCCAACGUUAAGAUCUUCCUGUUCAAGGUGAGAAUGGUGUGAAAUACACACUGUUAUAUGCAUUGUAAACAACAACCGAGCAGAACAUGUUUGAUUCUAUUUUAGAAUAACUAAUGUGUCUUUACAUGAAAUGUGUUUUUUUCAUGCAUUCAUUAAGACUAAAAAUGUGUUGUUGUACAGAAUGGAGUAAUGGUUCCUUUCAGUGUCGACACAGAAGAGAAGCAUUUUCUGAAGAAAACAGGCAGGAAAAUUUACAUUUGGCAUUAAGGAUCUUGCAGGAGAUGAUGAAGGAUUGUACCAAGUGAUGGUGGAGGGAGUACUUAUCUUCUCAACUGACUUCAAAGGUGAGAUGUCUGCAAUUUAUUCUCUGUUUAAUCAUUUCCCGUUUCAUAUAGGCUAACAAUCUCUAAGGUCAACAAAAUUCCCUCAGGUUAGCCGGUACCCAAAAAUAAAUGUCUGUUCAUUAUCCAUCAAAACAAAAAGGGAACAUAACACAUACAGUGGGGAGAACAAGUAUUUGAUACACUGCCGAUUUUGCAGGUUUUCCUACUUACAAAGCAUGUAGAGGUCUGUAAUUUUUCUCUCACAGACCUUUUAGUUUUUCUUUAAGAAGCCCUCCUGUUCUCCACUCAUUACCUGUAUUAACUCCACCUGUUUGAACUCGUUACCUGUAUAAAAGACACCUGACCACACACUCAAUCAAACAGACUCCAACCUCUCCACAAUGGCCAAGACCAGAGAGCUGUGUAAGGACAUCAGGGAUAAAAUUGUAGACCUGCACAAGGCUGGGAUGGGCUACAAGACAAUAGGCAAGAAGCUUGGUGAGAAGGCAACAACUGUUGGCGCAAUCAUUAGAAAAUGGAAGAAGUUCAAGAUGACGGUCAAUCACCCUCGGUCUGGGGCUCCAUGCAAGAUCUCACCUCGUGGGGCAUCAAUGAUCAUGAGGAAGGUGAGGGAUCAGCCCAGAACUACACGGCAGGACCUGGUCAAUGACCUGAAGAGAGCUGGGACCACAGUCUCAAAGAAAACCAUUAGUAACACACUACGCCGUCAUGGAUUAAAAUCCUGCAGCGCACGCAAGGUCCCCCUGCUCAAACCAGCGCAUGUCCAGGCCCGUCUGAAGUUUGCCAAUGACCAUCUGGAUGAUCCAGAGGAGGAAUGGGAGAAGGUCAUGUGGUCUGAUGAGACAAAAAUAGAGCUUUUUGGUCUGAACUCCACUCGCUGUGUUUGGAGGAAGAAGGAUGAGUACAACCCCAAGAACAUCAUCCCAACCGUGAAGCAUGGAGGUGGAAACAUCAUUCUUUGGAAAUGCUUUUCUGCAAAGGGGACAGGACGACUGCACCGUAUUGAGGGGAGGAUGGAUGGGGCCAUGUAUCGCGAGAUCUUGGCCAACAACCUCCUUCCCUCAGUAAGAGCAUUGAAGAUGGGUCGUGGCUGGGUCUUCCAGCAUGACAACGACCCGAAACAUACAGCCAGGGCAACUAAGGAGUGGCUCCGUAAGAAGCAUCUCAAGGUCCUGGAGUGGCCUAGCCAGUCUCCAGACCUGAACCCAAUAGAAAAUCUUUGGAGGGAGCUGAAAGUCCGUAUUGCCCAGCAACAGCCCCGAAACCUGAAGGAUCUGGAGAAGGUCUGUAUGGAGGAGUGGGCCAAAAUCCCUGCUGCAGUGUGUGCAAACCUGGUCAAGACCUACAGGAAAUGUAUGAUCUCUGUAAUUGCAAACAAAGGUUUCUGUACCAAAUAUUAAGUUCUGCUUUUCUGAUGUAUCAAAUACUUAUGUCAUGCAAUAAAAUGAAAAUUAAUUACUUAAAAAUCAUACAAUGUGAUUUUCUGGAUUUUUGUUUUAGAUUUUGUCUCUCGCAGUUGAAGUGUACCUAUGAUAACAAUUACAGACCUCUACAUGCUUUGUAAGUAGGAAAACCUGCAAAAUCGGCAGUGUAUCAAAUACUUGUUCUCCCCACUGUAAGUGUCAUUAUGUUCCAGAUAAAGUCUUCCAUUCAAAUCUGUCUUUUAUUCAGUUCCCAUGGUGGACUUCCUGGUCAAGAUUCAGGAAGUGAAGGCCAUGGAGAGAGAGGAUGCCGUGUUUGAGUGUGUCCUGUCAUCCCCCAUGUCAAAGAUUCAAUGGACGGGAAGGAAUCAACCAUGUGAACAAGGGGAGAAGUUUGACAUCGAAGUGUCAGAGGACAUGCUCAUCCAUAGAUUGGUUGUGAAGGACUGUGCGAAACUGGAUGGUGGCAUCUAUUCAGUAUCUGCAGGGAUCAAGUCUUGUAAUGCCUUUCUUGUUGUGGAGGGUAAGGAGAUGACAUUUCAAACACAAAAAGUGUUGCUAAGUCAUGUGACUCUUACUUGUGUAACAGCAUAUAAUGUCAAAUGUCACUUGUUAAAGAAAUUGAUCAAUAUCAAUCAAUCAUUUUCAAUAUCAGACAGUGAAAUGCAAAACAUUGACAAUCAAUUUUCCCCACAGAUUUAUUAACCUAUAACUCUACCUAUGUUCUUAUUUGCACCCCAAGCUGAUAACGAUCCAGCCAGCAAGGGGAAAAAGAAAGUACGCAAAACAACUCGAGCAGGUGGGGGAGACGUAGACUUGGCUAAAAUAGCUGCAGAGCAGCAAGCUAAGCUGGCGAAAGAGAGAGAUGAGAGAAUGGAGUUGGCGAAACAGAUUAAGGCAGACAUGGACGCUAAGGCAGCAGCAGAACCCGAACCAGAGCCUGAGAACAAGGAAGAGAAGAAGAGAGAGCUUGGAGACGGAGAGAUGCCAGUUGAAGAGAAGAGAGAGCUUGGAGACGGAGAGAUGCCAGUUGAAGAGAAGAAGAGAGAGCUUGGAGAUGAAGAGAUACCAGUGGAAGAGAAGAAGAAAAGGGUGAGAACAGGUCCACUGAUCCCAGACACCAUCAUAGGUAAGAGGUUCCAAGGUGUCCAAUGAUUUGUAAUGUCCAGGCAUUACAUUCACACUACAUCACCUUCCUAACCAAUUGACAACCACUUGAUGUAUCCUCUAGACCCAGGAGUGCACUUCACCAGUGGAUUGUCAGACGUCAGUGUUAAUAUGGGAAACAGAGGGGAACUGGAAUGUAAACUGAGCAGUGACAACUGUGAAGGAAUCUGGUACAAAGAUGGAGAAGAGGUGAGAUAGAAAAAGGGUAGUAACUUUGAACAUCAUUUAAACCGAGUCCUUAGAUUUGGAAAUGCAAUACUCUUCAAAAAUGGAAUGUCUCAAAUCAAACUUGUUUUUUGCCAUCUUGUUUUGCCAACUACUACAGCAGGUCAGUUCUGUUCAGCAUCAAACUGUGAAAUACACUAAUGGAAUUGCAGAGGCUAAAUGCAGAAAAACUAAUAAUUGAGCUUCAACAGCGCAUGCAUUUGUUUGUAGGUUUAAACAGUAAUUUGUGUGUUUCCUUCCAGAUAGAAGCAUCAGAUGAUAUUGAGAUGACACAUGAUGGGGCCUUUCACAGGCUUAUACUGAAGAACUGCAAGGAGGAAGAUUCUGGCAAAUACCGAUUUGAGGCUGAUGGACGUAAAACAGAGGCCAUGCUCAUUGUAGAGGGUAAAGGAAUCCAUCCAUCCAACUUUUGAAAUAAUGAAUGUAAACAUUGAGGCGGAUGAACUGAAGCUCAGGAUCCGUAUUGCGCGAAUGCAGCAUACUCUGAAGUAGCAUAUGCAAUGCCAAGUCAACUAACAUACAGUGGCUUGCAAAAGUAUUCACCCACAUUGGCAUUUUUCCUAUUUUGUUGCCUUACAAUCUGGAAUUAAAAUAUAUUUUUUGGGGGUUAUGGAUCAUUCGAUUUACACAACAUGCCUACCACUUUGAAGAUGCAAAAUAUUUUUUAUUGUGAAACAAACAAGAAAUAACACAAAAAAAACUAACUUGAGCAUGCAUAACUAUUCACCCCAGUCUCAAUUCUCUGGAAGACUGAAACAGGUUUCCCUCAAGAAUUCCCCUGUAUUUAGCGCCAUCCAUCAUUCCUUCAAUUCUGAACAGUUUCCCAGUCCCUGCCGAUGGAAAAACAUCCCCACAGCAUGAUGCUGCCACCACCAUGCUUUACUGUAGGGAUGGUGUUCUCGGGGUGAUGAGAGGUGUUGGCUUUGCGCCAGACAUAGCGUUUUCCUUGAUGGCCAAAAAGCUCAAUUUUAGUCUCAUCUGACCAGAGUACCUUCUUCCAUAUGUUUGGGGAGUCUCCCACAUGCCUUUUGGCGAACACUAAACGUGUUUGCUUAUUUUUUCCUUUAAGCAAUGGCUUUUUUCUGGCCACUCUUCCAUAAAGCCCAGCUCUGUGGAGUGUACGGCUUAAAGUGGUCCGAUGGACAGAUACUUCCAUCUCCGCUGUGGAGCUUUGCAGCUCCUUCAGGGUUAUCUUUGGUCUCUUUGUUGCAUCUCUGAUUAAUGCCCUCCUUGCCUGGUCCGUGAGUUUUGGUGGGCGGCCCUCUCUUGGCUGGUUUGUUGUGGUGCCAUAUUCUUUCCAUUUAAAAAAUAAUGGAUUUAAUGGUGUUCCGUGGGAUGUUCAAAGUUUCUGAUAUUUUUUUAUAAACCGACCCUGAUCUGUACUUCUCCACAACUUUGUCCCUGACCUGUUUGGAGAGCUCCUUGGUUUUCAUGGUGCCGCUUGCUUGGUGGUGCCCCUUGCUUUGUGGUGUUGCAGACUCUGGGGCCUUUCAGAACAGGUGUGAAUAUAUACUGAGAUCAUGUGACAGAUCAUGUGAUACUUAGAUUGCACACAGGUGGACUUUAUUUAACUAAUGAUGUGACUUCUUAAGGUAAUUGGUUGCACCAGAUCUUAUUUAGGGGCUUCAUAGCAAAGGGGGUGAAUACAUAUGCACGCACCACUUUUCCAUUAUUUAUAUUUUUGAAUUUUUUGUAACAAGUAAUUUUUUCCCAGAGUGGCGCAGUAGUCUAAGGCACUGCAUCGCAGUGCCAGCUGUGCCUCUAGAGAUCCUGGUUCGAGUCCAGGCUCUGUCGCAGCUGGUUGCGACCGGGAGACCCAUGGGGCGGCGCACAAUUGGCCCAGCGUCAUCCCGGGUAAGGGAGGGUUUGGCCGGCAGGGAUGUCCGUGUCCCAUUGCGCACUAACGACCCCUGUGGCGGGCCGGGCGCAGUGCAUGCCAUCUCGGUCGCCAGGUGUACAGUGUUUCCUCCGACACAUUGGUGCGGCAGGCUUACGGGUUAAGUGGGCACUGUGUCAAGAAGCAGUGCAGGUCGGUUGGAUUGUGUUUCGGAGGACGCACGAUUCUCGACCUUCACCUCUCCCGUGUCCAUACGGGGGUUGCAGCGAUGGGACAAAGACUGAGUACCAAUUUGGAUACCACGAAAUUGGGGAGAAAAAGGGUAAAAUAACACUUCACCAAUUUGGACUAUUUUAUGUAUGUCCAUUACAUGAAAUCCAAAUAGAAAAUCAAUUUAAAUUACAGGUUGUAAUGCAACAAAAUAUGUAAUGCAACAAAAUAGGAAAAAUGCCAAGGGGGAUGAAUACUUUUGCAAGGCACUGUAUUGUAGCUACUAUAUGUACUGUACUUGCGCUACUAAAUGUAUGUGAUAUCUGCGUUCCAGAUCCACCCAGAGUAAACCCAGAUGACUUGGCUGACUUCUCAAAGCCCGUCAUAAUAAAGGUUGGCCAGAGCGCUACCUUCAAGCUGUCUUUUAUGGGUCGUGACCCAAUUAAGAUCUAUUGGUACAACGAAGGUGAGGAGUUGGCAGAGGACAAACACAUCAACAUUGAGAAGUCGCUCACACACAGCCGCCUCCUCCUCAGCAAGUGCCAGCGGAAAGCCACAGGAGAAAUCAAGAUCAAGAUAAAAAAUGAAUGUGGAACCAUUGAGGGCAUAUCCAGGUUGAUUGUACUGGGUCAGUGGGAUGAUUUGAAUCUAUUUACAAUGUUGCUGUGAUAAUCCUUUGUGCUUGCCUGAAUGACACGAGGGUGUCUCCACCUUUUUAAACAAUAUUGGCAAUACAGCUUCUAGCUUCAUACACAGCAUUAUCUAGGAUAACAUAGGCCUAACUACAGUAUAAUUAGGAUCCCCUACAUCUAUUCACAGACAAACCAAGCCCUCCCCUAGGACCUGUGGAGAUCAUUGAAGCUUCUUCGGCUGUCCUUGACUUUAAAUGGAGGCCUCCCAAAGACGAUGGUGGCUCUCCUGUGAUCAACUACAUCCUGGAACGCCAGCAGCUGGGCCGUAACUCCUGGAUGAAGCUGGGUCAGAUCCCUGGAGAGCCCAAAUACAGGGACACCAAUGUAGACCAUGGCAGGAAGUAUUGCUACCAUGUCAGGGCUGUGACUGAGCAGGGCAUAAGUGAAAUGAUGGAGACAGAUGACAUCCAGGCUGGUACAAGAGGUAAGACAUAAUCUGUCACCAGAAUGCAGCAUUUAGCUGUUGAAUUGGGGUUCUCGGUCUCCCAGUGGAGGAUGCCCUCAGACCUCCAAAAUUCACUUUUUUUCUUGUUCUCUAGCAUAUCCCGGACAACCUUCCUCACCCAAAGUGGUCAGUGCCUUUGCAAACUGCAUCAAUCUGGAAUGGGUUCCCCCUUCCAACACUGGAGGAACUAAUAUUCUAGGAUACCACCUGGAGAAACGCAAGAAGGGCAGCAAUCUAUGGGGUUCAAUCAACCAUAUGAAAGAGCCUAUCAAAGGUGUGGCCUUUUCAAUACUUGGGUCAUCAUCCAAGUGACUUUCUGUAUUUUUUUAAAUUCUAAUUGCAUAUCCAUUCUAUACCAGUACACUAAAUGAAUUGUAUUUAACACAUUGCUAUAAAUACAACCAUACUGCCAUAGUGCUGAAACAAUACAGAUAUUUUGAUCCCUUCAUAAGCUAUUUUUGUCACACCCACACCUUCAGGUCAAGGGUUUGCUGUCAAAGACGUUAUUGAGGGAAUGGAGUAUGAGUUCCGUGUUGCAGCCAUCAACAUAUCUGGUGCUGGAGAGCCAAGUACCCCCUCUGAAUCUGUUAUUGCAAGAGACCCAAAGAGUAAGUAUUAUGAUCUGUUUCAUUCUGAGAUAGCGAUGAUGAACUGAAGAGCAAGUAAUACUCUGAAAAGCAGCCAUCAUUUGAUAAUAUAACACGUCGUAUGACUGGUAAAAAAGGCAUGACGUUACAGUUAAAAUAUGAAGUAUGUUUGUGAGCAGCUGUUGCACACAGUAUAUUCUAUUCCCCUCUGAAAUCAGUUGUGUUCUUUCAGAGCCCCCCGGUAAAGUCCUUGACCUGAAGGUGACGGGCUCCACCUACACCACCUUGUCCCUGGGUUGGACUAAACCAAGGGAGGAAGAGGGGGUUGAGGAUGAAGCCAAGGGAUACUUUGUGGAGAUCAGACCAGCAGCAAACCCAGAGUGGGACCGCUGUAACAAUAACCCCAUCAUCAUGACCUCCUAUAACAUUUUGGGUCUUAAGUCAAUGGCCAUGUACUGGGUGAGAGUGAUCGCCACCAAUGACGGGGGAGAAGGGGAGCCCAAAGGCUUGGAAAGCUACAUCAUUGCAAUGCCCCCCCCAGGCGAGUGACAUCAAAUCAGCAACAUUGUUUUUGUCAAGUUUGUGUUCACAGUAUCGUGAUAGUAGUUCUUAGACUGAAAAACAGAAUGAAAACCUAGACUUAUUAUAUUCAGUAUCUUAUUUCAAGCUAUAUAAUUUCAAAGGUUUUUUGACAAUUUUCUUAUUUCUCAUAGUGAGACCACAAUUCACUGAUCGCAACAUGAAGAGCUUCAUGGUUGUGAGAGCCGGGAAUUCUGCUCGAAUCAACAUCAACUUUGUGGUCAGCAAAAUCUUAUGCAUGUAAACAAUGCCAUAUCCUGUCUUACAUCAGAAUGACAAGUUUCAAAGACAAAUUACAAAACUCAGUCUGCUAUUGCGUCUAAGUGUGAUACUCUGUGACCUAGAAUGUGUUGCGAUGGUGUAGAAAUACAAUAUCAGAGCAACAAAUUCCGUACUGAAAUGUGAUGGAUGUUAACAGAGAUACUUAGAUAAGUGGAUUGCUCAUUGUAGAAACAUUCACUUAACCUUUUAUUGCCAUGGGCUAAAUCAGGGUCACACAGAGUGAUUCUUGGCAGCCUUAACCAAAUCUACUUUGAAACAAAAGUAUACACCUCACACAUGGUUAUGGGCUUAAAAAAAGAAGACACCUGUACCAUGUCAGAUAUAUAGUAUGUAUUAAGUUUGUAUCCCAAUAUUACACUUUAUAUACAUCAGAAGACUGAAAUAUAACAAAAUAGUUGACAUAAACACAGGAUUUCGUCAGUUAAAAAAAGUAAUAAUAUAUUCCACCCAUGAGGCCAAAGAGGGCGCUUUUGAUCAUUGACUGCAGGAAAGGGCUACAACCCCAAACAAACUAAUCUGUCUAUUUCUACUUUGUCUUUUGGCAGGCUUCUCCUAUGCCAAACAUAACAUGGCUAAAGGAUGGGAUGCCAGUGUCAAAACGUGUAACCAUUAGCAACUCUGAUAAUACAUCCCAGCUCCUAAUCCCCACCUCUGAGCGUCCCGACACAGGAAUCUACACCAUCAUAGUCAAGAACAUGGUUGGUCAGGAGACCUUCAGUGUUGAGAUCAGAGUCACAGGUAUGGUCAUAUAAGAUUCCACUACAUAUUGACAGUGAGUGGUAUUGACAGUGAGUGGUGGAAAGUGAGUGGUCUUGACAGUCAGUGGUGGAAAUCUGUAAGAGAUCGCUACUGUGUUUACUAUCUGUCAUCUGUGGCGUGAGGAGGGGGUGUGAGGGAGUGGUGUUGUGGGAUUAUUUGAGAUAUUACUUGAAGAAGUAGGGUUUUAGAUGUUUUCGGAGGUUGGGCAGAGACUCUGCUGUCCUAGCUUCAGGGGGAAGCUGGUUUCACCAUUGGUGUGUCAGGACAGAGGAGGGCUGAGCAGGAGCACCAAAAGACCAGAGGUGGCAGAACGGAGUGCUCGGGUUGGGGUGUAGGGUUUGAACAUAGCCUGAAGGUAGGAAGGGGCAGUUCCUUGCUGCUCUGUAGGCAAGUACCAUGGUCUUGUAGUGGAUAUGAGCUUCGACUGGAAGCCAGUGGAGUGUGUGGAGGAGAGGGGUGACAUGGGAGAACUUGGGAAGGUUGAACACCAAGUGGGCUGCAGUAUUCUAGAUAAGUUGCAGGGGUUUGAUGGCACAAGUGGGGAGCUCAGCUAACAGAGUCCAGACGGGAGAUGACAAGUGCCUGGAUUAGGAUCUGCGCCGCUUCCUGUGUGAUGUAGGGUCGUACUCUACGGGAUGUUGUAGAGCAUGAACCUUCAGAAGCGAAUCACUGCUUUGAAGUUUGCAGAGAACGACAGGGUGUUGUCAAGGGUCACGCCAAAGUUAUUUGCACUCUGGGAGGAGGACACCGUGGCGUUGUCAACCAUAAUGGAGAGCUCUUGGACUGGGCAGGCCUUCCCCGGGAGGAAGAGAAGCUCCGUCUUGUCGAGGUUGCGCUUGAGGUGGUGGGCCGACAUCCAAGCGGAGAUAUCUGCCAGAGACGAGUGUCGCCACCUGGGUGUCAAAAGGGGGGAAGGAGAAAAGUAGUUGCGUGUCAUCCGCAUAGCAAUGAUAGGAGAGACCAUGUGAGGAUAUGACACAUGCCGAAGAAUUGUGUGUUCUGUAGUCUACUUUACAACAAAAAAUAUGUUUUAUCACACUGUAUGUGUUCUUAUAUGUACUGUACAUUUAAAUUAAUGGUUGACGACCAUUUCUCUCUUACCUGGUUCCAGAUGAUCCCAAGCCUCCCGGCCCAGUGGAGUUGGAGCAGAAUGUUCCUGAAACAGUGACUGUGACCUGGACUCCCUCCCCAGACGAGAAGCGGGACGACAGGCUGUAUUACAUAGUGUCCAGACGCGACUCCAUCAAGCGCAUGUGGCAAACUGUAGCCGACCGCCUCUUCAACAACAAGUUCACAGCCCUCAACAUCAUGGCUGGACGAGAGUACUACUUCCGUGUCUACGCCAAAAAUGACAUGGGGAUCUCUGAGCCUUCUGAGUCGCCAACCUGGGGAGUGACCAAGAAAAAAGGCACGUUAAGAUUGUCAUGUGUCAUUGUUGAUUGUCCAGAGAGAGAGAAUCAUAAGUCACCCUCAAGAGGAAACCAAAAACAGACAUUUGUUGAUUGGUAGUUGGUUAACACAUUUGUCAUUUCAAGGGGAGAAGCUCCAGCACACUGUGGUCUGUAACAGUUUUUUUUAAAAGGUCUCAUACCAAAACCUUGUGGUCACAGAAAUAUGACACUGUACUUUGAACAUCAGUUCAAUGAGUUAACAGUUUCACAUCUCAUGAAUAGGCCUAAACAAAACAAAACUAAGUCAUAAAAGCAAUUUGACUAGGAAUUUGACUAGACUUUCCCCUAUUUGUGUUUCAUGUAGAUAAGUUCUCCAUGACUUUCCGGUCAUCCAAGAGCCUCAACUUUGAGUCAGCGCCAUCGUUCUUAGUUCCACUGAAAGCGCACAGCACCCCGGAGAGCUAUGAGUGCUACAUGAGCUGCGCCGUGAGAGGGGACCCAACGCCCCAUGUCACAUGGUACCGCAAUAAUAUCAGCCUCAACACCAACACCAACUACCUAAUCUCCAACACCUGUGGGGUCUGCUCCAUGCUCAUACUGAGGGUUGGACCCAAGGACACUGGAGAGUACAAAAUCAUUGCAGAGAACCCCCUGGGCAGGGCAGAGUGCUCCACCAAACUCACAGUC